CUUCUCCAACAUGGCGGCACGUCCGCCGCUUCUAGCAUCCCUCCUGGCUUCCGCUAGCUACAAUUUGGUUCCGCUAUCCAGUGUCAGUCCCCUGGGCCCCGGACGAUGUGACCCGGCCAGGGCCCGGGAUGCUGUUACUUGGCUGCGGCCUCCCUCUGGACAUGGAGAGCCAGGCCCUGGUAAUCCGGAUCCGCAUUCCCGAUGGAGGCGCCUUUGACUGGACCGUACAGCCGGCCACGACGCUCUUAUUCCGGGACAUCCUGGUGAGACAGGCUGCUCUGGCCUCACACAACUUUUUAUUGACGUAACGGUGACGUCACAUGACCCAAUGUUUACAUUUGCCUGAACCCAUUGAUCCUCAAUGUUGCCCCAUGACAUAACAUCUCAGGGUUAUUUACUACAUCAGGCUUUGUUGACAAUUGGCUGGGGAAUUGCAAGUUUUGCCCCAAACAGCCAACAUUGAAGAAUAGCUUAGUUUGAGAUUAUUUGUCAAUUCAGAUAUGUUAACCUAAAAUUGACAAAUUCCCUGGUCAGUUCCUGGUUUAGUCAAUAACUGUGUGUGGAAAUGAACUCGUGAUGAGAAGUGAUUGUUAUGAUUGAUAAGACCUAUCAGUACAAGUGAUUUGCCUACCCAGGUUUGUGUUUAUAUUCUUUUAAUAGCUGUUAAAAAUUGAUUUAUUUAUUACAUGGUAGUACAUGAUACAGUAUUAUUUGAUAGCGUCAGUGGUGUUACCUUGUCUCCAAUUUGAAAGAAUGGGUAGUACAGGCCUAAUUGGCAAGGUCAUCACUAAUUUCUUUAUGGUAGGUAUUGGUUGUGAGGUUGGCGGUAGUGCAGUCACCUAAAUAAAGCUUAUAGUUCCAUACUGUUCUGUAACUCACUCACAAACAUCAUGACACAGUGAUGAAAUCAGGGUCUUCCUUUUUGAAGUGUGAGAUAAUUUGAGUAAUUUCAGAAAAGGGGUAAAUGUGCCAUACUUUGGGCUAUCGACUAAACUGUGAAUUGUGGAAAAAAAUAACCAAAGAAUUGCAAAUUUUAGUCCAAACCUAAACUGGAAACAAUCUCCAACUCCUCUAUCAUCCAGCAUGUCUAUUUUGGCCUAAAAUUUGUAGUUCCCUUGUCAUUUCAACACAUUUACCCUUUUAGUGAAUAACCCCAGCUAGUAGUAAAUUCAGAGAUCAGUUCUAUACUGCAAUUAUUUUUUUGACAGACUGCGGUUUAAAGUGCUUUUGGCAUUCUUGAGGUUUUCAAAAAGGAAGAAUAUUUUUUAAAAACACAGGUUUGUUUGGAUUGUCAUAUCACAGUGGCACUAAAUAAUUAUACUAAGAGCACGCUAUUUUUUUAUUAUGUACUUGCUGGAAAAUAAUUUUUAUUAUGUACUUGUUAGAUGAUGGCACAAUGCAGCACUUAAAUGAGUUCUCUUUAAAUCUUGCCAUUAGUGAUGUCCCGAACGGUUCGCCGCGGACUCAUCAUUGAGUAAACUUUGACCCUGUACCUCACAGUCAGCAGACACAUUCCAGCCAAUCAGCAGCAGACCCUCCCACCUCCUGGACAGCAUCCAUUGUGAAGCUGCAUUCUUAGUGAGCUGUCUGGGAGGGAGGGUCUGCUGCUGAUUGGCUGGAAUGUGUCAGCUGACUGUGAGGUACAGGGUCAAAGUUUACUCAAUGAUGAGUCCGCGGCGAACAGUUCGGGACAUCACUACUUGCCAUUUCCAAUCAAUCAUCAUUGUCAGCUGAUGGGAAAAGGCAACUCUUGUACAAGAGAAGUCCUAGAUCACCAUUUUGUACACUUAGAAAGAUGUUGCAGCUUCUGGUAGUUUCUGCCAAUAACUGAAGAGGGGAUAAGAUAAGUACAUUUACGUUCCACUUCACCCCUCAGUAGCUACCAAGCAUUGGACAUCUAACCGGAUUUUGGGGUCUUUGCAGAUUGUGGUAUUGUCACUGGUGGGGUCUUUUUUGCAGUCUGUGAGAGGCAAUUGAGAUUUUCUCCCGCUGAGUGUUCUAUCAGGCAGCCAUCAGAAAUAAAAAUUUGGAUCAAAAACAAAAUACCAAUAUUCUCAUGUUUUCCAGAAAAGGUAGAUGGAAAGACCAUAUGCUCUGACUUUCAGAAGGAUCACGGUGUAUUUUCACGAAGGGGCUGGCUCUCUAAAUUGCUCUAAAUUUAUUUAUUUUUCCCUCUUUAGGAUGUAAUUGGGCAGGUGCUCCCAGAUGCAACAACCACCGCAUUUGAAUGUGAGUAUUAUUUAUCAUGGUACCCAAUAACAAGAAGUAUUGUUUUUUUACUUUCGCAGAUAUGUUAUUCAAACUCUUUGAAAUAUUAUUGCAUUUUUAACCAAAGCUAUGUCUGGCUUGUUACAGUUAUACUUCACAACAACAUUAUAGGGACACUAAAGGCACCCAGACCACUUCAGCUCAUUGAAAUGGUCUGGGUGCAGUGUCCCAGGCCUCUUUUGCAGUUUGUGAUAAAGUGCAAUGAUUACCUUGCAGGGUUAAGUCCACCUCUAGUGACUGUCUACCAGACAGCCACUAAAGGGGCUUCCAGGUGGUUAGACGACUAUUGGUCACCUUACUGACGCUUUGCAUAAGGACAUCCUGGGUUACCAAAAACCCCAUAGGAAAACAUUAUAUUCCUAUGGGGCAAAGCCUAAUGCGAUUGCUGCGCAUGUGCAUUAAGUCCUCUAGGCCGGAUGACAUUGGUGGAGGAGUGGAGGCAGAACCUGAACUAGCCCUGAGGUACUGGAAUCAGGCAAGUGUUAAAAAAUGAGUUUUUAACCCCUUCAGCACAUCGGGGGCGUGGGCGGUGCAAAGGGUGACAUUGUAGGGAGCUCUAGUGCUAGGAAAACAACUUUUGUGUUCUUAGCACUAUAGUUUCCCUUUAAGUAAAAUAAGGGAUAAUUUUACUUUUGCAUUGAGGAGCACAUUAUUGUCCUGUUAAUCUGCUUCAGAAAUAUGUUUGCUUGAUAUACAAUCAAGUCUAAAAAAUGUUAGUAAUUAAUGACAUUCCUGGAAAAUUAGUACUAUUUUGUUGAUUUUAUUUAUACAUUUCAUGAACACUAGAUAAAAAACUAUCUGGAGUUGUAGACCGUUCUGUAGGUUGUCUGCUUUAGAAUUAGUCUAUUUAAUAUGAAGUUUGAUAUCGCGCUAAAUUCAAAUAAUAAAAAAAAUUGUUCUACUAGUUAGGUAUUCACUACACUGGCUGAUUCCUUGCACAUUCUUUGGAUUCUGCUGGCAAAAAUUAUGUGGGUUCAUUUUACUUAUGUUUCCAUUUCUGUUUGUGAUUGUUUUGAUACAUGUUUAUUUAACUCAUAACGGUCAGUGCAAGAAUUCCGAUUCCACAUACACAGCCUGCUUUACAAACAAUACUGCACAGGAAAUAAGAGCUGUGUAGCCAUGGCUAGUAUGUUGGAAUGCUCACUCUGGCCGACAGGCGUAUAAUUAUCAACUAUAAAUACACUUGCAAUUAAGAAGAUAUUUCAUUUUAAAUUAGUUUAUUUAUUUAUUGCCUCGGUUUAGAGCAUAUGUUGAUACACAAUACAAUAUGCAAGAUAUUUGCCAAGUUAACUUAAUCAUUUUGAGUUGAUGACAAUACUUCAUACUAUUUUGAGUUGUAACUGCAAGUUGAUCUAAAACUGAUUAUUUUUCAUGUUUACAAAGUAGCACUACUAUGUUUAUUGAACAAUUUUUUACUGUUUAGUGCAAUUCAAUGUACUUAAUUGUACUCUGAGUUGCACAAAAUAGUGCAAUAAGCAUAGUAGUGCUACAUAACAAUUCUGACUUCUGUUUGCAAUAAAUGCAUUGUUGUAUGUUUUGGGAAAACAAAAAUCAAAAAAACACAUUUACGAAAUACACUGAUUUGAUGCACAAAGAGAGAGAAAAAUUACCUGCAAUGUUUCAAAAGAUACAUUUUGUGAGGGAAAGGCAAUAGGAACUAUAACAAAAGCAAAGGAACUGCGAUGUUGAAUGUCGAUAUUAUUUUCAUAUAUAAUAAAUAUAUACACACACACACAUAAAUGACUUAUGGAGUAUACAAAUGAAUUCCAUAUACAAAAAUUAUAUUUCAAACCUUUCCUAACAGUGUUGUAACUGUCUCCUUCCCCCCUUAUAGUAUCACUAAUAUCUACAUUUCCUAUUAUAUGCCAUCCUUUUCUGGGUUGGUAGUAACGCUGAAGUUGCACUGGAGAGGAAUUGGUGCUAAAACAGCUACAUGACUUUUUCCUCCAACUUAGUUUGAGUCUAGAAGUAAUUCAGCUGAACUCAUGGAAGCACCUACUACACUUUUAUUAGAAGUUUAAAUUAAGUGCUGGAUAUCUGCACCUGUUUUUGUUUGUGACCAUUCCUCUAAAGUGACCUAUUUUUAAUAACUUUAACAGCUUUAACUUGUAUUUUCUACUCUUGUUUUAGCAGAACAUGGUCCUUCUUGUGCUCAGAAAACAAGGAAUAAAUAUAUUUCUAACAUGUCUCUAUGUCAGUAGGGGGUAAACCAACAAGGGACUGCACCGGAUCUGAAAAGUAAUUGUUUGUGGGUUUUCGCUAUAUUUCUGGAAAAGCUUCUGCUGGGCUCCACUGUAAAUAAAGUUUAAGUGAAAUUAUAAUGCUACUCAACAUAUCCUCUACCCUCUGGCAUAUAUCUUUGAAUUUAGUUUUUGUAAAAACCACAUAUUUGUUUUGUAGAUGAAGAUGAGGAUGGUGACAGAAUAACAGUUAGAAGUGAUGAAGAGAUGAAAGCUAUGUUGUCGUAUGUAUGUAUUUCCUUCUAGCUGUAUCCCUAUUAUAACUUUUUCUAGUUUUUUUUUUUUUUAACACACAAUAAAUCAGAGUGUUUGGUGCCACUCUCUAAUAUCACUUAGUAACAUAUUUUUGGUAUUUGGUAAUCUAUUCAUUCGCACUAACUUUUGGAAUACUCUGCCGGUUAAUUUUGAUGAAAUCACAGACUGUGGUUACAGAAUGACUGUUUGUAGUCGGCUGUUUUGUAUUUAAAAUCUUUUGACUUGCUUUUCUGUAUAAAACUCUCUGUUAAAAUGGGCCUGUUAUUCACGAAAUGUGUAGAUGACAGAAUGAGUUUUGGGUAAGUAUACAGAUUUAAACUAAAUCUUGUGCUUGUGAAAUUGUCAGGAAAUGAAUGAUUUAAUCAAAAGGUGUAUUUACCUGAAUAUUGCCCCUGUGUGUCUAAUAUAUGUGGCAACUGUAUGUUGGCACCUAUUUAUAAAGGAUGAGUAAAACUUCUUCUAUAAACCCCUGUGGUUUCAUUUAUAAAAAGUCGCAAAUGCACAAAUGAAAAUGCUGCGUAGCAGCUUUAAUAAGCUCACCAGGUGUCUCCAUUCGUGUUUUUAAUGAAUAGGGCUGCUUCUGUACAAGCCUGUAGCUAUGUCCAUUUAUGGAAUAAGCUCUUGAAGACUGUCAAGAGUAGUGAGCUUUGUAUAGUGUGCACACUCUUACAAGCACUUGCACAGGCAGAGGGAAGACCAAUAUCAAUGCACAUAGGUCGGUUUAAUAACUGCAGCAAUUUAUGAAAAUCAUUGGAGCUGUAAGCCGUGAGAGGCAGUAGAACUGGAUAGAGAAACUACUUGCAUCAUAUUCUAUGCAAGAAACAUAGAUUUUGCUGGAGCAUGGAGUGUUUAAGGGAUGAAAUAGUUGUAAAAGGAAGCAGUUUGUUGAAAAAGUUGAAGGAUGGAAGACUGAGAGGCAAUUUUUGUAAUUAUGUUGCAUUAUCAAAGCAAACAUUAAUUUAAUUGACUACUGACAUAUAUGCACCCCUAUCACAGACCAUGCAGUAAUCACUCUCUACAUUUGUCUCUACCCAUCUUGCACCAUUCUUUUGUUCCAGCCUGUUUGUCCAGCUACCUAUAUCUGCUUUUAUUGCCAGUCUAGCCAUAUUUCCUGCCUUUCCCUGUCGGGUCCUGAAGAUAUAAAUGAUCUCCUAUAACUUGGAGGGUUGGGGUCUCGCUUGAUGUUUUUUAAUGUGAGCUACACAUUAGGAAUAAUCUCUCUUAAUGACUUGUGCAUUAGGUAUCGUGCCGGAUAAAUGAACUAUCAAUUUCUUAGCUUUUUUUAUGCAGUACUUAAAGUUACGGCUCAUUGGUAAUUAACCCCCUCCAGGCUGUCAGCUGCCUGUCCUUCUCAUCCUAGUGGGAUUGUUCACUUUCCUCCAGUUUACAACCGACUUCAAGCUGUAAUAGUGAGGAACAAAAAGCUAGUACUUAAAUCAUAUUAACUCCCCAAUUCCACAUUAUGCAAAUGCAUUGUUGUACAAUUGAGGCGGAUACAGCUGUACCUCUGUAGGAGUGAGGCUGACACCAUCCACUUGAUUAAGAUUGCAUUGCUGUGUGCUUGAGGCUUUUUUACAAACAUUACUCUAUUUCCCAGAUAUACUAAAUGUGUGUGCACAUCUCGAUAAAUGGAUAUUGUUUUACGCACCUUAACUUUACUAUUAACUGGAGGGUUCAUCAACUCCACUGAGUGAUUUGUCUCCACUGUAUGUAGGAGAAAUGGGCAUAGUUUCUGCAGGCACAUAAACAUAGUUGGCGAGUACAUAGUCUACACUGUGUGCUGGUGGCGGGUGCUUCUUCUCCCCUGUGUGCACGUGGUGGGUGCAUCUUCUCCCCUGUGUGAGGGCGGCGGGUGCAUCUUCUCCCCUGUGUGCGGGCGGCGGGUGCCUGGUCUCCUUAGAGGCAGGUGAAUUGCUUCCCUCACAACAUGAAGCAGUCCUAUAUAGCUGACAAACCUAGUGCUCCACUGUCCACAGAAAGUGGCUUAACCCCUGAAGGACACAUGACGGAAAUAUUCCGUCAUGAUUCCCUUUUAUUCCAGAAGUUGUGUCCUUAAGGGGUUAAGGAUCCUCCGUUGUCCCAGAAGAGACUAGAUGUUAUUUAUUAAUUAUUUUUCUUAUCUUGCUAAAGCUUCCGAGCUGUGCUUAGGUGACAUUACUUUGUUAAAAAACAACUUUUACAAUUUUUUUAUUCACAAUCAUAUUCUAUCCUUGCAGUAUUGCAGUAUGGUGCUUGAGCAGCAAGGCAGCAGUCCUCUGAUUGAGCCUCUUCAGAUCUAUCCUCGAGGUACGUAUUCUCUGUCCUGCGGGGUAACGGGCCUCUGGAAAGACUUGCAUGUUUGGGAUUUGAUGGUGACUAUACUACCCUACCCUCCACUUUUUGAAAAGUUUAUUACUGCAAAUUAGCAAAUCUAAAUACAAACUUAUCAAACUAACUUUCAUUUCUGAAUUUCACACAUACGAUUAUUGCGACACUGAUUAUUUACAAUGAGUAAUAGAUCAGAAAUGUUCUAAUAGUGUAGCAGGCACCAUGUUCCUGCUGAUUGCUGGGCUUUUAAAACCUUUCUCUCUGCUUUUUAAUGAUGUAAAUAACCAUUAUUGUUGACCACAUUACAUGAAAGUCUCCUAUGAAGAUGAGGAUGGUGACAAUCUGAUAGUAAUGUCAGUGUUGUAAAUGAAGUAAUAGAUGGAGUUCUUAUUUUGCAUUGAAGAAUGAUGGAACUAUUUAUACAUUCAAAUAAAGCACCUAUGUUGGGUAGAGAUGCACUGGGCAUCCUGCACUCAUUCUGUAGGAUUACAACUACCAAAUUUGUGUUUUAAUUUUUAAAUGCUGUGAGUGGGCGCUGGAGGAAGUGAAUUCCUGUAAUGGUUUAGCGACAGAGCAUGUAGAGCUAAAAAAAGUAACUAGAUUUUAUACCAUGUGUUAAAAAGAGGGACAGGAAUUCUACAUAAUCAGAGGCUUUCUAGCAAUUAGGAGCACACCACCUUACACACACAGGUCGUAUAGCUCACCCAGCGUAGUUAUUCACAAGGUGCAUUUGCAUGUACACCAGCCUCACGCCUGACAAACAUUUACGCACGCAGUCUGCAGUAACAAAAGCGGGAAGCCCUGCACCUGUUCCCCGCUGCCCGCCCGCGCUGAUACAUUACUUCACAUCUUGCUGCGUUGCACAAAGGCUUAUUGAUGUGUGCAGUAAUUAUAGAGUGCGUGACGAUUGUUAAUAGCUGGGGCACAGCACACUCUUCGCUGACACAGCAGGGGUUAAAUAUGCAAUCCACCGAGACAGAGCAGGGGGCAAAAUUGUAAUUCUUUACUUCAAGACAAUCAAUCAAAAUUGACAGUGACUUUAACAACAAUUUGUGGCGUGCAGGGGACGUCAAAAGGGAACAGCCUGCUCCAUGUGAGCCAAGACCUGUAAGCGUAUUUAUAAUCAUAACAGCGAUCACAGAGACUGACAGACAGUGUUAGUUUAGGGUGCCUCAGCUGCACGAAUCUUUGGCCUGCAGAGCUUUCACUCUGUUUUCAGUAACCAUUUGCUCAUGAAUAUACACUCAUCACAGAGUAUGUUCUAUCUUCUGUUCCUCUUCAUUGGGGCACCAUUACCCAGUGGGUACCAGUUCUUACCUUAUACAGUCAUUUAAUGUAUUUUAAAGCAGGGUGGGUAUUGUCUCAAUACCUGCAUUUGGCUGUUAUAUUUACAGGUGGGGCCUAAUGCCUCUGGCACUCAAAAUGUUAACUCAAGAUUGCGCCAUUUCAGAGAUACAGUAUGUCCUCAUUUAUUUUCUCCAAUCCCUGAAUAGUACUAUUGACCCCACAAAGCAUAGAGAGUCGUAUGGGUUUAGUUGACGUAUAUCUGCUCUCUGAGAUGGAAUCCCACAAAAGAUAUAGAAGGUUUUCCUUAUUGCAGUUAUGUAAUAGUCACAUUACAGAUUCUGUCUAGGGGUCAGCAUUAGUUAUAUCUGCUCUGUCUGUGUGUCAGUGCUUAGAUAUGACUGUGAAAUGUAAGGCUGCUGUCUGUGGCCUUUAAUGAGACCAGACUGCCCUUUCCAAGAGAGAUAUUAGGGACAUUUAAUAACAAGCAGUAUACUGACAGACAGCACAUGGAGAGUAUCCUGGAUAUUAAUAUGAAUAGUCUUUCCUUCCUAUUGCAAGGAAUUCCCAGUAUUGCAGCACCUGCUCCAGAAUGUGGAAUUAAGGGCAGCACACAAUCAGUUUUAGCUUACAGGGAGGGUGUGUGUGUGGUUUUUAUUAUGUAUUUUAAGCAGAAAUUAGAAUUUAGAUGAGACUGUGUCAGGAGGGUUUGUGAUUUCACAGAAAGGAUCCUGUCUUCUGGGACCCUUCUCUCUCUGCUCAGAGAGCCUCUCUUCAAUCAUUCCUUGCUGCUAAUUUUGGUGUCACUCUCAUUUCUUUUUAAACGAUUCAUUUCAAAAGAGGGGGGGAGGUUGGGAUUGUAAAUGGCCCCGAUGUGAUCUACAAUUUAGUCUAUUACUGUUGCAGCCUGUAAGCCUCCCGGGAAGCGGAACAUACAUGGCCUCAAGGUAGGAAUUUCAAUAAUUGUUUCAGUAAAGUUGGAUGGAUUUGAAAUGCUGUGUUCCACUUAUUGAAAUGUCAAAAAAAACACUUCCAACACUGCUGACAACUAGAAGUUACAUUUCCAGGCAGAAAUGGUAGGUGCGAGUACAGAGGACACUAAAUAAAUAAAAUCCACGCAAAUCUAUAACCAUGUUCUGGAUUUCUUCUUUUUUUUCUUUCCCCGAGCACAUAUUAACCUCUUGCCUGCAAAGUUGUAAGUACUGGGUACACAACAAUGUAAUGAGACAACAUACACAUUGUAAAUGGUGGAACCCUUAGAAUCCCAGUAGGAAUCAUAGCUCUGCAGGUUUAGAUAAAUUGGUUGGUAGUAUAUCCUGUAGAUAUGGAGUAGUCUGCAAGUAGAUAUCCAUAUGUGUAUCCAUAAUCUGUAAUGCUCAGUAAUCAGGCUUAAAGAAAAGGAAUUUGAUGGCUGAUCAUAACAGUAGGGAAGAGCUGAGUUGGCUACCUCUGAUAAAUAGUGAUACACAAACAUGUUAUUAUCAAGACAUAAGGAGAGAAUUUUUAAAUUAUUGUGACUGCUAAGCCUCCACUGUACCCCACAAAGGGUGUCCUUUUAUAUUAAUCAUGACUGUUUACCAGGAACAGGGUGGGCAACCUUCGGCACACCAGAUGUUAUGAACUACAUUGCUCAUAAUGCUCUUACAGCCAUAAUGCGGGCAAAGCAUCAGGGGAGAUAUAGUCCAUGACAUCUAGAGUGCCUAAGGUUGCCUAACCCUCUUCUAGGAGAACAUUGAAGUUAAAUCUGCUGGAGACAUAUGUAGAGAGAGCUGACAGGUUUGCUUAAAGCACAUCUGCUUAUUCAUAGGCCUAUUAAAUGUACAACAUUUUGUAAUAGUAUUUGCAUACAUGAGGCUUUCAAAGGCUAUUUGAGAUGAUUCUUAUUUCACUACCUUUAGUUCUGAGUAUGUGGCUGGAUGUUUAAGAUCAGUUGUGGUACUCUACUUUAGAAGGUCAUAAUGUCACAAAAUAAAGCCAGUUUCAGGAGGGGCAGUCUCUAUUAUGGGCUCAAAUCUCUGUCCCUCUUUUUCAUCCUAAUGUCCCUCUUUUGUGGGAGCUCCAUUUUGUUGGUGUGUCUAAAUGUAUAACAGAGCUCCACCGAAAUAAAACGCUCAAAUGUGUCUUUAAACUACAAUAAAUGUGUUAAGAAAUCAGUCUGUGUUAAUAAGAUACUUUGUUCUUGUUCUAAAUUACAUUUUAAAAACUGGCCCUUGGCCUACUCACCCCCACUCACACCUAUAAAGUGUCCUUCUUUUUACUAUUUGAAAUGUGGGCUGGUAUGGCCUAAAACAAUUGGCAUAAAACCAUUAGUUUCUUGUAAAUAUCUCUAGAUCUUCCUGCAGAGCCAAGUCCAUGCUAGAGGAUUGCCCCGAUUUCUGAGUGCUUUUUGAAAUAAUUUAAUUGUGAGCCAUGAAUUUCAUUCUGUGUCUAAAACUGAUAUUUAUAUUGUAUUCUUUUUUUUGUGAGGUAACUCGAAUGAGCUUGACUUUUCUUUUUUCUUUUUAACGCGGUUUCUGUUUAAAGGUAAACACCAGGGCAGGACCGUCCAGCAACAGCAGCCCCUCUGUGUCAGACAAUCUGCCCAGCAAUAGGUGAGUGUGCAUGAAAGGCAGUUGCUGUUUGGUGUCACUUUGGUUUUGAGCUGCAUCACCCUGAGGCUGUGUGAAAAGCAGCAAUAGCAGGUUUUGUGUGGUUCUCAAAACCAGAAUGUUUGAAAGUGACUAGCGAAUUGAUGCAGUAAAUAGAAAGUCGGAGAGGAAACAUGUAGUGGCUAAUCAUGUGGACAAAGCUCAGCUUGGUUAUGGUGUGAAACUAUAAAAUUUAGCAGAGCUCUGGAAUUUGAAAAAAAAAUCAUUAAUAGUAUUUUUGCAGAAUAGCAUUUUGUUGAACAUUAUGCACAACAAUGUAGAAUACGUUGGAGUGCUAUAUACGGCAAACCUCUAUACAUACAAUGAGCAGUGCUAUAGGGAAAGUGUUCACAUGUCAUGGAUUGUUUGUCUUCCCCAAAUAUAAUCAAGAUUGAACAUAUAGCAAAGGAACUAGACUUCCUAUACAGUAGUGUAAUUUAUAACUGUUACAUUGUAUACUUCUAAUAGCAUAGAAAUCAUAUUGGUUUCUCUGCACAUGCUAAAGGAGCACUAGGAUUUGUCACUAGUGAUGGUACAUGGAGAUGUGAGUGAAAGGUAAAUGUCAUGUUGGUGGUUAGUAUUCAUGUACAAUACAAGGGUGUGUUUGACCUAGCAGUUUGCCUGUGCUGCUCUGCUAAGCAUGUGAUUUUACAAGGUUAAUGUCCUCCCUUUUAUUUUAUUUUUUUUGUUCCUAGCCUGAAGAAAUCCUCUGCAGAGCUCAAGAAAAUCUUGGCCAAUGGGCAGGUAGGCCUCACGCUGUUAAAAAGGUGCCAAGACUGAACCCUCUAGGGCAGUACUUUUCAAUUCAGUCAUCACACACACCAAACGUCCUGAUCUUGUCAACAUCCCCAUUGAAAUUCUUAGGAAUUGCCUAUAUCUUGGACAUUUGGUGUGAAUUGAGGACUAAGUUGAGAACCACUGCUCUACGGUUAGAUUACAUUAAUUAUGGUUUGCAACAGUAAUUUGUUGAUUUGAAAUUAACCAUGAUUGAUUCAUUUGCUAAUGCUCUUCUUCAUAAUCUUUAUAGGGACACUAUAGUGACCGAAACAACUACAGCGUAAUGUAGUUGUUCUGAUGAGUAUAGUCAUUCUCUGUAGGCUUUUAAAUUUAAACACUGCCACCUAGGCCACUAGCACCUCUAGUGGCCACUCCUCAGACGGCUACUAGAGUUGCUUCCUGAAUUUUCCCCAUAGAGGUGCAUUGAUUCAAUGCGUCUCAGUGAGGAGAUGCUGAUUGGCCAGGCUGACAUUUGGCCCCUCCCCUGUCAUGCCUCCUUGACAAUCUUAGCCAAUCCAGUGCUUUGGAUUGGCUGAAAUAAUUCUGAUGAUGUCAGCCAUAUAUGUAGAUCGGGAACAGGGCCUGCGCCAGCGCUGAAAAUAAGGUGAGCUUUCUUACCUUGUAAGGGUGGGGAGCAAGGGGAGGCCAGCCACCUAAAUGGUGGUUUUAACACGAUGGGGUCAGGAAUAAACGUUUGUGUUUCUGACCCUAUAGUGUUCCUUUAAUUAAAUGAUUAUCUUGAAUAUACUGUCAUACAGACAUCAUUUUGCCUCCAUUGUUAAAGUCUGUUUUACAUUGCAAGACUGGUAAAUAUAUUAGAAAUCAGGAGUAUAUGACUGAAGUGAGAAGGAUUGCUUUACACAGAUAUCUGUCAUUCCCAGCUAACUUUUUAGACAAAUGUGAGUUUGUCAUGACACCACAUUUUCUAAGAAAUUUUUAUUUUGAAGAAUUAACAAUUUUGAUGUAGAUGUAACAAGUGCUGGUCUGGGUCCGUUGCCACGUGGAGGCAAGCGUGGAAGCGGUGCAUGUGAUAACCAACAGGGUCUCUCUCUGUCUGAGCUCUAGGGAGGCAGCUGCCCGAUGCUAUCAAGCCUGCCUAUUAGGAUCAAUUGGCCAAGACAUCUGUGUCAGUGCAAAUAAAAGGGUCUUAUUGAUUUCCUAACUGCUGCUCACUUCUCCUCCUUGUUCAGAAGCUUGAAAUCUUAAUUAUCUCAGCGUCUUCCCUGCGUGACCCCUCCAAGACUCAUCGGCAUUUCAUGAAUCAAGCCGUCAUAGUUGAGCGUGUCAAGAAGACAAUUAAGCGACCCCUCCUUUCCCCCCUCUGUCUUUUACUCUCCACACCCACUACACGCACACAUCUAUCACUCUGUCUCCUUUCACUUUAUCUGAAACCACUUAAUCAGAAUGGACACAGACUUUUCCUAGCAGGGAUAACGAAACUUCCUGGUAAAGUACAGAAUACAGAUACCAAAACAUUCAGGACACAAAUACCUUGGGACACAUGACAUAUUAUCUUUAUCCAACUCAAGUACACAUACAUCAGUACACACCUCAGAGACCCUUUCUUUCCCACACCUCAGAGACCCAUACACAUACAUUUUGCAUUUAAAUGCAAAGAUCGGCGGCACGUUGUUUUUUCCCCCUAUCAAUUUGUAAGCAUCGUAUACAUAUUAUAACAGUAUAGACAUAUUGCAUACAUCAAAAACAUUGCAGGUGGCCAAAGAGGGCAUACAUUUGAGAGAUGUGGCUAGAGGGAAGGUCUAUUACAGAAUAUUUUAGAUGAUUCCAUGACCAGUUGAUCUAUCUAAUUGAAAAAAGUAAUUAAAAUAAAGCCCUAAUGAUUUAUUUAUGCAAACUACAUUUAAAAAUUAGUAAUAUUCAUUCAAAUUUUAUUACUGUGAAGCUCUCUUUUACUAACAUACAUACAUUACUGUGAAUUUUAUUACUGGGCAGUUUAGAAAAUGCCCCAAAAAGAUUUGAGUAGUGUUAUUUCAUCAGAAGCAUGGGAGUCUUUUUCAUGUCUUAAUUUUUGUAUACUCUUCAGACAUUUUAAAUAUGCUCAUUUGGGAAACAGAUCUCUCACUCGGAUCCACAUACACAUUCAGUAUACAUACCCCUCAACCAUCUGAUUAAACAGUACCUCCUGUACUGCUUUAUCUUGGUAUGGGAGAUAUAUACUAUUUGUUAGAAUGUUGCAUAUCAUUGAUUUUAAACUUGCUUACGUAGCGCGUUUAUCCAGAAGAAUAACUCUCUAUAUACUGGAUUUUACUGCAAUACAAUGGUGUGAAAUACAUCCGCUCAUAGCAACUGAAAGGUUAAUAUCACUCCUUAUUAAUCAUUAAUAGAAAACGAGAAGCCAUUCUUCAAGUUAAUCAGAUAUUGACAUGUCAGGAAUAGCGCUGUAACACAGCAUUGAUACAGGUUAUGUGAUAUAAAUAUUUAUUUCUUUUCUGUCACUCUGAAUGAAUACCAGUAUUGAUUCCUUAUUGAUAAGUGUCAGCACUUGAUAGGAAGCAUUGUCGCCAGUUCCCUGAGUCUCGUGUUUGUGCCAAAUUUACUGUCUGAGCUCAAGAUGCUGCAACUUUCAAAUCUCCCAUAGAAAUGUUACUGACAAAUAUUAUCCUGUUAAUUCAGAAUAUUGUUUUCUUAAUGUGGGUCAUUUUUAUAUAAUCUGAUAUUUUUAAGGAAAAUUCACUUUGUCUAAGCAAUUAUUCUAAUUUUCAUAGACUUUCUCUUAAAGUUCAAGUCGAAAUAAAUAAAUUUACUUUGUGUUUAAGAAAAAGACAGGCCUAUUCAAUAGCAACCCUGAUUUUACUUUGGAGCCAAGAGAGAUGUAUACAUAGAAUCUUGUAUUUAAAACAUUAAAAGCUGCAGUAUCUUUGUUUAGGAAGCAUAGGUUUCUGGAUUUUGGAAUUUAUCAAGCCAUUGCUCUUCCUCUCUCACUAAAACUUUCAAUCUCUCCCUUUCCUCCGGCACAUUUCCUUUGCCCUUCAAGCAUGCAACUGCAAUGCCGAUUCUGAAAAAGCCCAACUCCCCAUCCAACUACCACCCUAUAUCGCUACUGCCGUUUGUCUCCAAGAUCCUUGAGAGAGUUCUGUAUGCAAGAUUGACAGACUUCCUCGAAUCCAACUCUCUGCUUGACCCGCUUCAGUCUGGAUUCCGUGCUUGUCACUCUGUUGAAACAGCUGUCACCACAGUAUCCAACGAUUUAAUCUCUGCUAAAUCUCGUGGCCAUUACUCUAUCCUAAUUCUCCUUGAUCUUUCUGCUGCCUUUGACACUGUUGAUCAUCAGCAGCUUCUUCUUAGUCUCCGUAACCUCGGUCUACGAGAUACUGCUCUCUCCUGGUGCUCCUCCUACCUCUCCCAGCGCUUUUUCAGUGUUUUUUUUUUUUUUUUAAUGGCUCUGCCUCUUCUCUCCAACCCAUCUCUGUUGGCGUUCCUCAAGGUUCUGUCCUUGGUCCCCUAUUGUUCUCAGUGUACACUGCGUCCUUUGGUAAACUCUUCAGCUCCUUUGGCUUCCAUUAUAAUUUAUAUGCCGAUGACACACAAAUCUACCUGUCUUCUCCUGAUCUCUCUCCGCCCAUCUUGACUCGUGUCUCUUACUGCCUCUCUGCGACUUCCAACUGGAUGGCUUCUUACUUCCUUAAAUUCAACCUGUCCAAAACAGAACUUCUGGUCUUCCCUCCCUCAAGUGUUGCUACUCCCGUGUAUGUCUCCAUCCAACUCAAUGGCGCCACCAUUACCUCUACCUCACAGGCUCGCUGCCUAGGUGUUCUCUUUUACUGCGACCUCUCCUUCACCCCUCAUGUCCAGUCUAUCGCCAAAUCCUGCCACUUCCAUUUCAAAAAUAUAGCUUGCAUCCGCCCCUACUUAACACCAGACAAAGCUAUGGUGCUGGUCCAUGCCGUUGUUCUUUCUCAUCUUGACUACUGCAAUGCCUUUCUCAGUGAUCUUAUAUGUUCCCAGAUUGCACCGCUGCAGUCUAUAAUGAAAGUGGCGGGGAGGCUAAAUUUCCUGUCCGCGCCCCCGCACCUCCCACGCCUUCCCACUCGGUCAGGUUUUCUUCUUCUUUUUUUAAAUGUCGUGACACAUUAGUAAAGUGGAACAGUCAUACAUUGUCGUGGCUUGCGCAGAAGCCAAUAUCAAUAUGAUCAAAUGCACUUUUUACGCGUGACAAGUAUGUGCACAAUCUGUCACAAUUUUACAUCUUUAUAUAAAGAAAAUAGAACUACAUAAAAAAAACUUUAGAAAACAUAGGUACCAUUGAGUUAAGCAUUGGUAAUAUUGUCACUUGACAUCCACACGGGCCAUUGCGUGUUGUUUCAGAUCCAGGCCCAAGCCCCGCCUGUUUGCACCUCCGGGCGUACCCGGGACAUGGCUCCUUUAUGUUCUGUAAGCUAUGACCCUCACCCGGUUCUACCCCGGAGCACCCACCCGGCAAGCCGCUAUCGUCCACCGCUGUCCCAUCCCGGCCCCCACCCCACCUGUCACCGUUUCUGUGUCAGUGGUGGGCCCCCAUGGGUGGAUACUAGCAUCUGUUGGCUAGCUGCGUUACUGGUCAAGUGUACCAUGUGGCCCUCGAGCCGGUCCUGCUUGAUGACUAGAUCAACGGUUCGUGUUCCCCACCUGUACCCACGUCAGUACGCUCUUAUGUAGUAUGCGGUGGGAUAGAGGUGUGACGGUGGGAUAGAGGUGUGACGCAGUAUGCAAGGGGUUGGAUAGAGGUGUGACGCAGUAUGCAAGGGGUGGGAUAGAGGUGUGACGCAGCAUGCGAGGGGUAGGAUAGAGGUGUGACGCAGCAUGCGAGGGGUAGGAAAGAGGUGUGACGCAGCAUGCGAGGGGUAGGAAAGAGGUGUGACGCAGCAUGCGAGGGGUAGGAAAGAGGUGUGACUCAGCAUGCGAGGGGUAGGAAAGAGGUGUGACGCAGCAUGCGAGGGGUAGGAUAGAGGUGUGACGCAGCAGGGUAGGAUAGAGGUGUGACGUAUGCGAGGGGUGAGAUAGAGGUGUGACGCAGCAUGCGAGGGGUUGGAUAGAGGUGUGACGCAGCAUGCGAGGGGUGGGAUAGAGGUGUGACGCAGCAUGCGAGGGGUGGGAUAGAGGUGUGACGUAGUAUGCGAGUGGUGGAUAGAGGUGUGACGUAGUAUGCGAGUGGUGAGAUAGAGGUGUGACGCUAGAGGUUAUGCGAGGGGUAGGAUAGAGGUGUGACGCAGCAUGCGAGGGGUAGGAUAGAGGUGUGACGCAGCGAGGGGGGGUAGGAUAGAGGUGUGACGCAGCAUGCGAGGGGUAGGAUAGAGGUGUGACGCAUAGAGGAUGUGACGCAGCAUGCGGUGAGAUAGAGGUGUGACGCAGCAUGCGAGGGGUAGGAUAGAGGUGUGACGCAGCAUGCGAGGGGUAGGAAAGAGGUGUGACGCAGCAUGCGAGGGGUAGGAAAGAGGUGUGACGCAGCAUGCGAGGGGUAGGAAAGAGGUGUGACUCAGCAUGCGAGGGGUAGGAAAGAGGUGUGACGCAGCAUGCGAGGGGUAGGAUAGAGGUGUGACGCAGCAGGGUAGGAUAGAGGUGUGACGUAUGCGAGGGGUGAGAUAGAGGUGUGACGCAGCAUGCGAGGGGUUGGAUAGAGGUGUGACGCAGCAUGCGAGGGGUGGGAUAGAGGUGUGACGCAGCAUGCGAGGGGUGGGAUAGAGGUGUGACGCAGCAUGCGAGGGGUGGGAUAGAGGUGUGACGUAGUAUGCGAGUGGUGAGAUAGAGGUGUGACGUAGUAUGCGAGUGGUGAGAUAGAGGUGUGACGUAGUAUGCGAGUGGUGAAAUACAGGUGUGCUGUUGUAUGUUAGAGGAAUGGGAUAUAGGUGUAAUGUAGCUUGUGAAGAAAAGUAUAGAAGUAGGCUGAUCAGCAACAAUAAAACCACCUGCCUAAUAUCAUGUAGGCCCACAUCGUGCUGCCAAAGCUGUUCUGAUGCAUCGAGGUAUAUACACCACAACACCUCUGAACGUGUCAUAUGGUAUUUUGCAUCAAGACAUUAGCAGCAGAUCCUCCAUGGAUCGGAUUUGUUGUUGGAGUACAUCCCACAGAUAAUCAGAUUGAGAUCUGGGGAAUUUGGAGGUAAGGAAAUAAUUUGAACUCUCUGCCAUGUUCCUCAAACCAUUCCUGAGCAAUUUUUGCGGGGUACAUUAUCCUGCUGAAAGAGGCCAAGGUCAUCAGGAAACACAAUUGCUCUGGGGUGUACUUGGUCUGCAACAAUCUCUAGGUAGGUGGUAUGUGUCAAAGUAACAUUUACAUGAAUGCCAGGGCCCAAUAUUUCUCAACAGAAAUUGCCCAGAGCAAAACACUGUCUCCAUCGGCCUGCCUUCUUUCUAUAAUGCAUCCUGCUGGCAACUCUUCCCGCAUCCGCACCCGGCCAUCCACCUGAUCUAAAAGAAAACGUAAUUCAUCAGACCAGGCAUCCUUUAUCGAUUGCUCCAAGGUCCACUUCUGUCGCUCACGUCCCCAUUGAAGACACUUUUGGUGGUUGAUAGGGGUCAUCGUGGGUAUUCUGACCAGUCUGUGAUUACGUUGCCCCAAAUGCAGCAAACUGCAAGGCGCACAGUGUUUUCUUACAACUCUAUCGCGGCCAUUUUUAAGUAUGUCUGCAAUUUGAGCUACAGUAGCUAUUGGACCAGAUGGGCUAGCCUUCCCUCCCCCCCACAAGGAUCAAUGAGCUCUGGGCACCCAUGACCCGGACUCCGGUUAACCGGUUGUCCUUCCUUGCAACACUUAACCACUGCAUACCGGGAGCACACCACAAGAUGCUCUGACCAAUCGUCUAGCCAUCACUAUUUGUCCCUUGUCAAAGUCCCUCCGUUCUUUAUGCUUGUCCAUUUUUCUUGUUUCCAAUGCAUGAAAUUCAAGAACUGACUGUUCACUUGCUGUGUAAUAUAUCCCACCCCUUGAGAGGUGCCAUUGUAACAAUAUAAUGAAUGUUCUACACUUCACCUGUCAGUGGUUUUAAUGUUGUGAUCUGUGUAUGUGUAUAUGUAUGCAAUAUAUAUACAUUUUUAUUUAUUUAACCUGUCAUUUAGUUUUAAAAAUAUGAUAGUUUAUCACUUUCUCGUAGAGCAGAUGAGUGUUUGAUAUUAGAGAUCCAGUACCGAUGAUCCAGUAAGCUUCCAUGGAUGUGAUGUAUUAAAGAGGAUAUAAUAGGCUUCCUGCAGGCCUUUCUGGCAGUGAAGUGGUUUACAUGGCCAAAAGGGGUGAACCUGUUUCACAGGGUUGAAAUGUGCAGAGUGGAAUGAGAAAGGACAGGCAAGGCCAAACAGAGGGUAGCUAAAGUUGUAUAAUAUAUUUCUCUUUUAGAACUGCUAGUACAUGUUUACAGUAUGUAUUUUAGCAUGUCUGUGUACAUAUAUCCAUCACACCUAUUAUCCACUGGGGCUUGGCAGAAUAUGUGUUAAAUAGCCUGACCUGAUAAGAUAACCACCCAUUGGGGCUGCUGAAUAUCCCCCACCCCUCCCCUGCUUUGACCCUCCGCACCUCUGCUAUAUCAUCCCAGCCUGACACCUUUUAUCAAACUUUAAUGAAAUGACCCAGGCAAACAAAUUGUCAUUAAACUUUCCAUCACUCUGUCCCUUGGUAUCACCUUUUAUAAAUUGGACGGCAAAUGUUGUAUUGAUCUUGCUGUUCUUGCAGCUGAACUUGAAAUGACCUGGGCCCUGGGUUGUUUAUGGCCCCACAUUGCUUUUCCCUGACACUUUACAUCGAGAGCUUGACACAUUGUCCCACUGUCACUCAAUUCACUCACUCCCUCAUUUACCCAUUAUAUUCCACUCUGCCUCUUCUUAGCAUCUGUCUCUCAUACCAACCUUCAUUCACUCAUGGCUUCUCGAUCCACAUUGCAUGGUUUCUAUCUCAUUAUCUCUUUCCUGCUUCGCAGCUCACGCACUCCAACUCUCAUUAUGACCUUCUCAUUAACUUAUACUCGCCUUUUCAUAUUCUCUAGUUGAUACGAUGCUAUACUGUAUUUGCUUCUUGCACUCUUUUUCCACUACUCUUUUCUCUCUUCUCACCAGUUCACAUUCUCCCUUCCCCAUCUCACUGGCAUGGUGAUUACACUCCAUUUGCCAAUCCCAUGUUUUUAUCCAAAGUUCCUCACUCUCUGCCUCUUGCUCUGCUCAUCACCUUGCCAUGUUUUUACUUUCUGUCUUUUGAGCCUUCAGUUUUUUUGUUCUUUUUUAGUACUUUCCCUCUCUAAUUCUCCAAUUUUAAUCAUCCUCUUUCCUACCUUUCACCUCUUUCGCUUAUCAUCACGUCCUUAUCUGUCCCAUGUAAUUUAUGUCUGCUUAUGAUUCUUAUUCCCAGGCUUCCUGUUAUCUUUGUUAAUCUAUAAUUGUCAAAAUACAUCUUAUUCUUGGUUGUCUGAUUUACUUACAUUUGCUCAUUAUCUCUUCCUACAGAUAAACGAGCUUGACAUUCAGUAUCGUGACAUUCUCGGUCAUGGAAAUGGGGGGACUGUGUAUAAGUGAGUAUUGGCCCUGUGUACAGACUUGACAUGUUUUGGUGUGAAUUGUAAUGGUACACAACUAUGGGGCUACCAUAGACAGCCCAGGAACGAAAGCCAGCCAAAUUCUAAUGGCAUCUGUGAUGUCACAUUGCAAAGGAUAACAAAACAAUGUGUGAAAAUGUAAGCAAUGUUACCAUACUCUCCAUACAGGUUUGCCUUCCUUUUGAGCCAUAUGGAUCAAACUUAUAUAGCAGCCAUCCUCUUCACCAUCAUUUAAGUCUGGAAUAAUUUAUUUACUAUGUCUAAAGAUCAAGUUGUACGCAGUUCUACAGUAUCAAAGUGGCGUUUUUAAAGGAAUACUUCCCUUUGUUUUUAUUCAUUUGAAAUUCACCUGAGCUUUUCAGUUGUACAUAAGAAAUGAUGGAGAAUGCUUUUUCAGAAAGGGAGCGUGUUCUUUGGCAAUGGGCAGAGUUUAACCAGAGUGCCAUUUCAGUUGCUAAGGUAAUUUACCCACUAUGCAUCAGUCAAAAGGAUCCCGUGGAAAGGCAAACUACAGAUAUCAUGGACAGAGGAGAAGAAAAUGGAGGUGCCCAGACAUUGAGCACAGGGGCGCAAAGAAAAAAUAUUAUAUUAGUAAAUGAGAGCAGGGGUGGUUUAAAAAAGGGACUUGUGGAAAGGAGAACCGAAAGGGGCAAAAUAAAAAUACCACAAAGCAUUAAUCAACCCUUUUAAGUUGGGAAUUACAUUUUAAUAUGCUUAAAACCCUAAACAAUGUAAAUGAAAAAAAAAAAAAAAAUGUUCGUAAAAUUUUUUUAUUUUUUUUUUAGUAAUCUGCGCUCUACAAAAUGCUGCCCCCUCUAAUAUUCAUCCUAAAUACUCACUAAACAUACACAACAAAUUUAAAGGUACUGAAACCAGUAGAGAGGAACAGUAAAUAAUCAGGUUCCCUGCCUGUCCUUUAACUGUAAUUACAAAAGUUAUGGGACCAAGUAGAUGCUGUCCAACACAACAGAGACACUGAACAACUUGCCAGUCCACAGCAUAAGAAAAACGUGGCUUUUAAUUCAUUGUCUUUUUGAUCUUUAGGGUCACAGUGGUGUGUGUGUGUGUGUGUGUGUGUAUCUAUGUAUAUGUAUAUAUAUAUAUAUAUCUAUAUCUCUUUAAUGCUGCCUAGAUUUUACCUACCUAAGAAGAAUGUCCUGAUAAAAAGGCAAAGUCACUCAUAGAAAGCAGAUAUGUCAACAUACUUUUAAAAGCAUGUGCAGUGGUAGAUUCUGUGUGACUGUAUGGCUGGCUGAGCUUCAUGGUAUUUAACAGUCCACAACAGCUUCAUUGUCUGUUUGCCUUUAUUGGUGUGAUGUGUAUGUCUAUGUGUUGUUGGUGUAUAUGCGUGUGUCUUAGUGUUGUCAGACAGCGUAACACUUUGCUUACAUACGCAAACAUUAACACACAGUCAGAUCUGAAGCCGGACUCAGCAGCUUCUGUGUUGAAAUAUGGCUGCCAUUUAUUGAUUUUUUUAUUUUAUUUUUCUGAGCUCAAUUGGAUGAAAACUUGUUUGUGUAGCAAUAUUGGCCUGUCCAGUACCCAGAAACAAUACUCUCCAUGCUUUGUAAUCACCAGCCUGCUUCCCAGGGAUAAUAACAUUGCUGUAAAGAGGAAAAGAAAUCAAGCCACACAGACCUCAUCACACAUGAUAUACCAGAAGGGAUCUGACCUCCCACCCCACUCAAUUUUUACCAGUUAACCCUUUUAUGUCUGAACAUUAAAUUAUUUAUGGAUUUUACCAGUGUAAGGAGACCUGUGACAUACCCUAAAGGAGGCUCAGCCACAGUCUGUUACCAUAAAACCAUACAACUUAAUUACCCCACUGAGUCUACCUCAUUCCAUCCAGACUAAAGGCCCCUGUCCUUUUUUUUUCUUUAACACUUAGUAAAUAAAGUAAUACUUCCUGAUAUUUUUAAACCUUUACCCCUCUAAUUUAGGACUAUGUCCUCUUGUUCUGGUAGUUCUCCUUCUUUUAAAUAUAGAAACAUAGAAUGUGACGGCAAACGUAUAUUUUUUGCAAGGUCAAUAUGGCAAUACACUGUUGUUUGCUAGAAAAUGAAUAAUAAUUAAAAGUAAUACUAAUACUUUUCAUAUUAAAAUGCUUAGAAAACAAAGCAUAAAUUUGGAUACCACUGUGAGAGUCAUAGCAAGGCUUACUUUAUGAAAUGAGAGGUAUAUAACUAUUAAAUGUAAAUCAAGCUAGGAAGUGUUGUGUGCUACUAAGACCUUUAAACUAUUAAGAACCUAAAUAGUUUAUAACAAUAUGUAGAAAUGUAAAAAACCAAGGCCACUGGUAUGUUUUGGUUGAUCCCAGGGUCGUGAGAGCAUUAAAUGACUAACGAUUCUUCUCUCUGCAUUAGGGUGUCAGUUGGUUAAUCAUAACUGCAGGCAAAGAUUACAUUAGCAUUGUUUUGUGCUUAGGUAAGUGUUGUAGGCACUUAGAUAACCAAGUAACCAUAUUAUUGUCUUCAAAAAAGAAAAUGAACAAAGGAAUAACUUGUACCAUUAAACUUGCACAUUUUUCUAAGAUAAGAUUUUGUCCUUGGCCCCUAUUAGGUUGUCUGCAACUAUCUUCCACAAGAUGUCUAUUUUAUUUGAGCUUCAUAACAGGAGCAAUAUUGGAAAUGUAUACCCAAUGAUGCAUUGAGGGAAUCAACAGCUUUUGUAUUGCUCUAUUGAUCAUCUCUGUAUAGUUAAUCAUACUUCCCUGUAGAGCCUUUCUAUAGAUCCUUGUAUUGCCCCAUUGAGUCAUUCUGUUCAUAUAAUCACUCCCAAGUAACUCCAUUUUUAUAACACAUUAUCUUACUCUGUAUAACUAGUCUCUAACUUCUAUAGCUUCAUUUCUUCAGAGUGCACUUUUUAAUAACUCUUGCAGCUCUGUGUAACACCUUGCUUUGUUCCAAAUAUUUGCUUCCUGUAGUAACUAUCAUAACAGUGUUCUAACAAGAGGCUACUGAAUCUAUAGAAUGUAGGGAAAAGGUAAGCUGACAUAACACAUUGCCCUCUCAAUGUAACUGUUGCCUUUAACUUCUUGUUAUAAUAGCUCACCUUAUACCAUUUAACCAUUACUUAUUAUCCCUAUAACCACAUUGUCUUGUUCUAUUUAUAAUCUCCCUAUAGUCCUAUAUCAUAAUACCUUUAUGUAACUAGUAUUCCUAGUCCUUUAUUCUGUUAUUUUGCCUUGCUCCUUUUUACUCAUGUCUUUAACUCCCUAUAAUACCUUUCAAUGCUUCAUAUAACCAGUGCCCAUUACCCCUUGUUAUCACACACUUUGAUCAGUUUGUACCUCUCCCUAUAACCCCCUUGUUAAAACAAGUUACUUUGCUCCAUGUAAUUACUACCAUAAUCCAUCUUAUUGACCCAUAUAACCACUUCCUAUACACCUUGCUCCUUGCUCACUUGGAGUAUUGUACACAGUACUGGAGACCGUAUCUUCAGAAGGAUAUUGAUACCUUAGAGAGGGUUCAGAGAAGGGCUACUAAACUGGUUCAUGGAUUGCGGGAUAAAACUUACCAGGAAAGGUUAAAGGAGCUUAACAUGUAUAGCUUGGAGGAAAGACGAGACAGGGGGGAUAUGAUAGAAACAUUUAAAUAUAUAAAGGGAAUCAACACAGUAAAGGAGGAGACUAUAUUUAAAAGAAGAAAAACUACCACAACAAGAGGACAUAGUCUUAAAUUAGAGGGACAAAGGUUUAAAAAUAAUAUCAGGAAAUAUUACUUUACUGAGAGGGUAGUGGAUGCAUGGAAUAGCCUUCCAGCUAAAGUGGUAGAGGUUAACACAGUAAAGGAGUAUAAGCAUGCGUGGGAUAGGCAUAAGGCUAUCCUAACUACAGGGAGUGCAGAAUUAUUAGGCAAAUUAGUAUUUUGACCACAUCAUCCUCUUUAUGCAUGUUGUCUUACUCCAAGCUGUAUAGGCUCGAAAGCCUACUACUAAUUAAGCAUAUUAGGUGAUGUGCAUCUCUGUAAUGAGAAGGGGUGUGGUCUAAUGACAUCAACACCCUAUAUCAGGUGUGCAUAAUUAUUAGGCAACUUCCUUUCCUUUGGCAAAAUGGGUCAAAAGAAGGACUUGACAGGCUCAGAAAAGUCAAAAAUAGUGAGAUAUCUUGCAGAGGGAUGCAGCACUCUUAAAAUUGCAAAGCUUCUGAAGCGUGAUCAUCGAACAAUCAAGCGUUUCAUUCAAAAUAGUCAACAGGGUCGCAAGAAGCGUGUGGAAAAACCAAGGCGCAAAAUAACUGCCCAUGAACUGAGAAAAGUCAAGCGUGCAGCUGCCACGAUGCCACUUGCCACCAGUUUGGCCAUAUUUCAGAGCUGCAACAUCACUGGAGUGCCCAAAAGCACAAGGUGUGCAAUACUCAGAGACAUGGCCAUGGUAAGAAAGGCUGAAAGACGACCACCACUGAACAAGACACACAAGCUGAAACGCCAAGACUGGGCCAAGAAAUAUCUCAAGACUGAUUUUUCUAAGGUUUUAUGGACUGAUGAAAUGAGAGUGAGUCUUGAUGGGCCAGAUGGAUGGGCCCGUGGCUGGAUUGGUAAAGGGCAGAGAGCUCCAGUCCGACUCAGACGCCAGCAAGGUGGAGGUGGAGUACUGGUUUGGGCUGGUAUCAUCAAAGAUGAGCUUGUGGGGCCUUUUCGGGUUGAGGAUGGAGUCAAGCUCAACUCCCAGUCCUACUGCCAGUUCCUGGAAGACACCUUCUUCAAGCAGUGGUACAGGAAGAAGUCUGCAUCCUUCAAGAAAAACAUGAUUUUCAUGCAGGACAAUGCUCCAUCACACGCGUCCAAGUACUCCACAGCGUGGCUGGCAAGAAAGGGUAUAAAAGAAGAAAAUCUAAUGACAUGGCCUCCUUGUUCACCUGAUCUGAACCCCAUUGAGAACCUGUGGUCCAUCAUCAAAUGUGAGAUUUACAAGGAGGGAAAACAGUACACCUCUCUGAACAGUGUCUGGGAGGCUGUGGUUGCUGCUGCACGCAAUGUUGAUGGUGAACAGAUCAAAACACUGACAGAAUCCAUGGAUGGCAGGCUUUUGAGUGUCCUUGCAAAGAAAGGUGGCUAUAUUGGUCACUGAUUUGUUUUUGUUUUGUUUUUGAAUGUCAGAAAUGUAUAUUUGUGAAUGUUGAGAUGUUAUAUUGGUUUCACUGGUAAUAAUAAAUAAUUGAAAUGGGUAUAUAUUUGUUUUUUGUUAAGUUGCCUAAUAAUUAUGCACAGUAAUAGUCACCUGCACACACAGAUAUCCCCCUAACAUAGCUAUAACUAAAAACAAACUAAAAACUACUUCCAAAAAUAUUCAGCUUUGAUAUUAAUGAGUUUUUUGGGUUCAUUGAGAACAUGGUUGUUGUUCAAUAAUAAAAUUAAUCCUCAAAAAUACAACUUGCCUAAUAAUUCUGCACUCCCUGUAUAAGAUAAGACUAGGGACUAAUGAAAGUAUUUAGAAAUUUGGGCAGACUAGAGGGGCCGAAUGGUUCUUAUCUGCCGUCACAUUCUAUGUUUCUAUAAUUACAAUUUGCCCACUGUAACUUUGCAUUUCUUAAAAAAAAAUAAAAAAUAUUUAUUUAUUUAUUUUGGUUUUUUUGAGUUUUAGUUGGCAGGGAAGGGAGUUAAAGAAAGAAGAAAUUACGUUAAGGGUUUUGAUCACAUUGCUACAGUCAGUAAUAACAAGGUACAAUAAGUGGCAUCUGUACAUUCAGUAAUAUAUUCUACUACAGAGGAGGCACUAGGUACUUCAGCCUUGGUUACAAAGUGGUCAUACUCCUAGUUUCUGUGUGGUGGCAGAGAGACCUCCUGUUUUGUAACUUUGCAUUUUAACAUUCUAUUUUGUACUUAUUACCCCUAUAACCUCUGGUACUAGAACAUUGCAUUGCUGUAUAUAACUACUACCUAUAACCCCUUGUUCUGAAACACUGCUUUGCUCUGUAUAAUUACCAUCUAUUGCUCCUUUAACCCCUUGUUAUAAGACUUUGCGUUGCUAUAUAUAACUACCACAUAUUACUCCUUGUUAUAACAUGACUACUAACUAUUACCAUAGCCCCUUGUUUUAACCGGUUGUGUUGCACCAUAUAACUUCUCUCUGUAUCCUCUAAUGUAAUUCAGUCUGCCCGUAUAUGUCAGUAGACCAGGCUUGGAUUUUGUAGUAGACGUAGCUCUGCUCUAACUCACUGACUCAUACCUUUUAUGAUAUUUCCUGGGUGUUGUAAUGUUAGAAAGAUACACAAUGCAGGCAACAAAGCAAUAAACUAUAGCUAAUUGAUUUAGCACAAAAAAAAUCUGAGCAAAGGAGAAAAGGCUGAUAUAUAUAUAUUAGAAAUCACAGAGCGGAAAACCUCCAGAGGAAGAGCUCGUUUAAAGUCAUAAAAACUUUUCCCAUCACCUUUAACAAGUCUAUAUGUCUUUAUUCCUGGCUGUAAAUGAGGAGCCUGCACGUUUAUUUGAAUUUAACUUUCUUGCAAAACCAAUUAAGCCUCAAACAACUGUCAGUGUGCAUCAUCCAUCCUGCUCCUUCUCUGGGAACAGACAGAUUUGGUUCAGUGUUGCCAUUUCACCGCCUAAUUAAAUGCUUGUGCGCGUGUGUUACCAUGCACUCCAGAAGCUGCUACUCCCCUAUCCCUCUUAUUUCCUGUCAUUUAUUCUACUGUCUUACUACUCUUACCUUUUACCCCUCUCAUCCUCACCGUUCCAUCCUGUUUUCUUCAUUCUACUUUUAAUUUUAUCUUCCAUAUAUAAUGCCUUUUUUUAUUUUUAUUUUUUAUUAUAUAUCUAAACAGAGAUGGGCAGAAAUGAAUGCUUAGGUGUUUUUUGUUAGGUAUAGCUCCCAAAGUCCUUAGGAAGAUUUCACUGACCUCAGACUUAUUGCUGCCCAGAUCUUUUGUUUAUUUACAAUUCAUUGGUGGCAAGCUUUUUGCUAAAUUUAGGCAAAAAUAAGUUUGUUAGAAUAUUUAUUGCAAUUAUGUUGCCCUAAAUUUUCCUUUUUAUUUGUCAAUUCAAAAAAUUUCAUUGUUUAGUAAAUAAUUUCUUAGUUGUUUAGAAUUAGCCCUAAAUUUCUAUUUGUCAAAUUAUUUUUCUUUCACCAUUCACGCUCUGUCCACUUUGCCUUGUUCGUCGCUGCAAGUUGUCUUUGUACAAGCGCAAACCCUUGUCAGCAACUGCAGUGAAAGUUUUACAAGACAAACAGCCUGGUCUGGGGCAGAUAGAUGGAGCGGCGACUUAAGGAAGGCGUCUUGAUGAAAUGGUUCAAUUAACAGCACAAGCAUUUACAUGGUGUAAUUUCCCUAAAUUGCCAGCCAUUCCCUGCAGACGGCAGUGUUUGAGGAGGGGGGAUUGAUCAGUACAUUGAUUCUGGCUGAAGAUGAUAAAUUUAUGCUGGUUAGUUAAAGUCAUUCUGCGCGGGGCCUUGAGCUGCGAUGCUGAACAGCUUCUUUAUCGGGUGUUUAAAACAGAACUUAUUUCCCAAGGCUGCGAGGUCUGUUCUCAGUCCAAGCUAUUCCCAAACCAUCUCUUACUCAGAUGAUUUUUGCUUAGCUUCUGUAUGCAGAUCAAUAGGUGAUUGAAACUGAUUAAAACUUAGGCAGCCAGUUACCGGCACCAGUUUAAUUAGAAACAGGCUGAUUCUUAAAUGAAAGUGCUUUGUGUUUGUUUUUUUGUUUUUUUCCCCCAUAUUUAAGCGUCACACAAAAUAAAAAGGCCCAUUUAGUGUCUUUGCACUGGGAAAUUCCCACAGGCAACACAUAACAUUAAGAGAAGCUCCUCGGAAAUCUGACCAUCUGAUAAUACACUAUUCUAUCUCUCCACGGCUGGAACGCUCUAUGCAGAUCUUUAAUUAUACAAUGUGAACACAUAAAUAGAGAAGAGUAUUUCUAGGACAAGAGAGCAAGGCCAGGCAUGCUGCAUGCCUGAUACAAAACAACAAUUCCCUUCCAGCUCAUCCAUGCUCUGCAGACACAUUUUCUCAAACCUAUUUUCAGGGUCCACGUAUGGUUCAGGUUUUUCAGAUUCUUUAUCAGUAGGGAUAUAUAUUUAAAAACUCUUGUUGUUUGGAGAAGUAUCGAGAUAAAUCUGGAUUAGGCUGAUGGGAUAUGUAGUCCAAAACUAGCUGCAGAGAGAAGUGUUGCUUGGCUGUAUUAAAGAUGACAUUUAUUUCUUUAUUGCGUUAAAAAAAAUCUAGCUGGCACAAAGGUCUGAGUGCGGCACUACUGGUGAUUCUGUUACUCGUCUGGCACAGAAAGCGUUAAUACAGUCUCUAUUGAAAAUAAAUCCUUUCUUUUGGCACUGCAAAUUUGCUCUAGGUUGAUCUCUCCACAUUGUAUGUGUUUUUCUUUUUUUCCUGAGUAGCACUAGUCAAUAGGUAGUGUUUAGCACGGGAAUUAAAAAUAAUGCAUUAAUGGGUUUUGUGUUCGAGUUCCUGGCCAGCUGUAUUUGUCCAUUUUAAAUUUACACAGACCGUAUACCAGUGGCAUCUAUUCAUUUACACAAUCAGGGUAUUUAUAAAAUAUUGUUUUAUUUUAAUUAAUUAAACAAUUACAAAUCGUUUGCACACUGGCUUUUUGCCUGGUCAUACCAUUAAAAUUUCAGCUGGUGUCCGCAGCAUUAUUCAUUGUUAGGAUUAAAACACAUGCUAGCAUAGCAUUGGGUCUCUCUAUAAUAAAAAUACAUGUAUUAUUUUAACCUAUUGCAAAUGUAUAGAUACAUUUUUGACCUUUGUAGUUUUUACCACCAUGCUAUUGGCUUGGUGUACCUUGUCGGGCAUAUUAACAGCAGUGUCAUCCCACUACCCCUAACGCACUUGGAUACUGUGUGCAACAUUUGUGAUUUCUCGGUUGCCAUCUUGGAGGCCUUCUUUGGACAAGAAUAGUUUUUUAUCUCUAUAUAUUUUUUUGUAAUUUUGUAUGCAAAAGACAUAGACUAAAGUGGGUACCUACCCGGAGUUAACUUUGUCUACACGAUUGUGGAUGACAAAUUGAAAUUGCAAUCCAGUAUAUUGCCAUGGUCAUUUGUAAAAUAAAGUUCCAAUUUCUUUAGUUAAUUAAUGAUAUAAGACUUGGCAUGAAGAAACUGCGUUCUUAGAUCUGAGCCCCUUUUACUCUUUCUUUUUUUUUUCUGUGUUCUGUGAGUCUGUAUUGACUCUAUACGUCUUGCACAAGUCUCUUGAUAUCAUAUGCAUUUUUUUUGGUUUUAUGUUGUGUGUUUAAACAUUUACCUGUUACAUAUCACUUUGUAGAAGACCUAGUUAUUGGCUUUUUAUUUUUAUCAAAGUGAGUGUGACUCUGCUGGGGGGCUUCCGGAAUCGUAACGUACUUUUGGUCCGCUCUGCGUGAGUACCUCCAGCGUCAGAUUUCCCCAUAGAAAAGCAUUGAUUCAAUACUUUCCUAUGGGGAGGUCUAAUCCGCGCACGGCAUUUGGCCCGCAUGCGCAUUAGCCCCGCUUGUUGCGGGACAUCGGAGCGCAGCUGGAAAAGGUAAUUUAAAAAGGGGUUUUAACCCUUUAUUUGCCCAGGAGAGGGGAGGCAAAGGGACCGGUAGUGCUAGGAAUACAGCUUUGUAUUCCUAGCACUAUAGUAUAGUUUAUUUUUGUGAAGGACAAAUUUUUAGUACAUUAGGCAAACUGUGCCGUUUGGUAAUGAAAAGGCACAUGACCGCAAGACUUAAAAGGACACUCUAACCCAGUAGUACCAAAAAAAAUUUCAUCAGGAACUGGAAAGGCCUAUGCUGCCUAAUCCGUGCAUAUUUAUACAAAAAGCGCUGCCAAAAUAUUCCGAAUUGAGUUUGACAGUCUGAAGAAUAUCUUUUAAUAUUGAACUUGUGUGAGUUUUAUUUACAACUAGUGUAAUGCAGGUCAGACGUAUCGAUCUUUGACCUCUUAGACCUUUGGUUUGCAUUUCCACACUGCACUCACUUAUUCUAAAUCAAACAUCCAUGGAAAUUUGUAUUACCCUUCCAGAAAGUAAUGUGGAACACAGCUGACAAUGCAAGAGUCCACUGUGUCCUCUCCAUUGUUUCCAUGUAUGCAAAUGGUGCAGGCAGACCAGUAAUUACUGCAGCUGCUACAGGCUUCUUUGAAGGGCUGGCUGUUAAGUAAGAUAGAGACUCAGUGAAGGUAUAUGUUACAUUGUAACCUGAGCAGCCAUUCAAGUUCCAUUAAUCACUUUGCAGUUAGUGUUUGGGGUAAGUUAAGGCAAUUGUUAUCCCAUGCUAAAGUCAUCACAUUCAUUUUCCUUCCUGAUGACAUGCCUAUCCCCUGCCUGCUACCCAAAUCCUCCCCAUAAUUAAAUGUUAAAUUGGUACUGUCAGUGAUCUGUAAACCAAACCUGGCGUGUACCCUGCAUGAGAAAUGUAACCCGGACCUCCACGGGUGAACUGGCGCACACCAUAAUUAAAUCAUCAAGCAUUCCCUUUUAAUUGGCCGGGAAAGAGUAGAGCCAUGCACUGGAAAUAGGAGUCUAGUUUCAUGAGAAGCUAAUUAAGUUGGCAAACAGUUUGGCACCUGAAGUGUUAAGGAGUACCCUUUUAUUUUAUGAUCAUUUUGAAAAGCUUUAUUUUAAACUAGAUGUUUAAACAUUGUUGAGUAUAGAAAGAUUAUUUUAUUUAAUCUUCUAGCAUAUAAGCUUAUUGAGCAGGGCCCUCAAUCCCUCUGUUCCCGUGCGUCCAACUCGCCUAGUUACAAAUACGUGUCUGUUAGUCCAACCAUUGUACAGUGCUCCACAAUUUGUUGGCGCUCUAUAAAUAAUAAUAAUAUAUAAUCUUUGCUCCAAGGGGUUUUGUCAAGGUCAACACAAGCAUCUUGGCUAUUUUGACCUUAACCUUAAAAUUUUUGUUGAAUUCUCAAUUUGCUAAUUAUCGCUGACAGUGUACAUUCAAAAUAGCCAGUAUCUACAAAAUAGUGAUUGCUCCCUUCUCACACCACAUACCGUAACCCCAUGUGGUCCAUAUUAAGCCUCUCGAAGUCAUAUUUAAUGCUCUGCAACAGAUAUUCACUGAUAAGUUCAUAUGCUUAAACAUACAGGUGAAUUCAGUAGCCUUGUUCAUUAAAUAGGUCCGAUAUAAAAAAUUACAUUUCAGUCUGUGUUCUGGCAUUUUAUCCACACACCCUAAAAUAAACACAAAAGUGUAUAAAUAAUAUUUCCCAUCGUUGAAAGCGAAAGCCUGCCCAGCUGUAAGCGACAUAACCAAAUUCAGUAUAGAGUGUAAAACGAUCUGUCCUUUGAGGACCAAGGGUUCUAUCAAUGCCUGCAUAAUUUAGAAAGCAUGGUCGUGAAUAGCUUAUUGAUAUAUAGUUUAAACAAAUCUAUACAUAAACAUCAAUGCAUGCUACAACAGGCUGCACCCAGUAUAUUUACCGUUUUAUAUAAAUUAUUGAUAAAUGCAUGUUUGUAAAAUUUAAAAUAUGCACAUUUUUAAAUUACAGUUUCCACUAUUAAGUGAAUGCAUUUUUAUUAUGUUGUUGUCUUGUUCACCAUCAGCCACUUAGUGAGUCUUAACUCGGAAUCUACAGGUAUAAUUUCAGUUCUUACAUCAUCCUUGUCAGUAACUGAAUUCUAGAGACACAAUAACUAGAUCUGAUAAAGAUUUUCAGCACAAGUUUAAAUAACAGGUAUCCACUUUCACUAGAAGCUGGUAGGUAAAACCUUACUUUAAAAGUAAACUACUUUAUUUGAAGGGAUGAUGUAUAGUUUAAUGUACAUGUGCUGGUUUUACAGAAAUAAAUGUCCCCAAGUUUAGAUUGCUAGCUAGGCAUAAUUAACUUCUGAUAGAAGUUAAUUAAGCUUAGCAAUCUAGACUUUGGGACAUUUCCCCAUACAAAUACAUUUAUUUAUUUUAUUUAUUUAUUUAUUUUUAAACCUACCAUUGCCUUGUAAAAAAAAAAGUGUUUGUUUUUUUUUGUUUUUUUUUCUGAGAAUUUUCAUGGAAACACACACACACUUUUUUUCCCCAACUUCCCUAUUUUGGAUUAAAAUUCUUAUUUAUUAUAGUAAAUGCAUUUUUAUUGUCAAUGCUUCACAAUGCAUAGAUAAGUAAACAUUAAAAGGAAAUGUAAUACUAAAAUAGUACUUGUGGGUUUUGUGUUGAGAUGUGCACCUUAAAAAGUGUAUGCAUUAUAUUUUUGUAAUGUAUGGCUGUGAAAAUGUAUAUUUUAUUGUGUGUUUUUUUUUUUUUAGAGCUCACCAUGUCCCAAGUGGAAAGAUCUUGGCUGUGAAGGUAAGAUAUAUGUAUUGGUUUGUUGAUGUUCUAUCAGGAUGUUGGAUCAUGAGCAGUGAGAUGCCCAAGUAAUGGAAUUCUUAGAAGUGAGAUGGUUUCAUUCUCUCCAUUAGACUAUAGACUGACAAUGUUGUCUGGAUGUCCCUGUUAAUUAUGAUUUCAUGGUGUCUUAACACAUUUUACAAAACAACAGACUUAAUUCUACUUGUUGAAAAUCUCACUAAUCAUGCGUGUGUACAUGAAUAAAUAAGACAAACCGGCUCUUUUGAUACAUCCUGAGCUCUGUAUUUAGGAACAUAUGUCACAGACCAAGGUAGGGAUUAUGGAAUUGAAUUAAAUCUCUUAGAGAGUAACAUUGUUAGUCACAGCUUUCUUUUACAAGAUAGACCGUUUAUUUCUUGGAAUGGAAAGCCCAACUCUUGCUCUUCCAAGUUUCAUAUUAAUAGAACAUUUUAAGAUUUUUUUUUUCUCUUUGCAUCUUAGAUUGACCCCCUCAACCCCCUUUAAAUUUUUUUUAAAAAUAACAAAAUUUAACUGCAGUGUAGUGCAAACACAAACUACUCACUGCAGAUUUAUGUGCCCUUCCUGAUUUUUUUGCAUGAAUCGCCACAAUCCACAGAUCCAGUGCUUCUCGCACACACAUCCAGCUUCCCCUUUACUUUGCGUGCUGGUGCCAGAUGUAAAACAAAACAACAAAAAAAACCUGAAAUUUUAUUUACAGUAAAUAAUUUUUUCCUUAAUAUGGCAGCAGUACCCAUGUGAUGAACUUUCUUAUGCUGGACAAGUAACCUAAAUAAAUGUAACAAAAAUAAUUAUCCCCUCCCACUCAUGCCGAUACCCACAGAGCUAUCUCAGUCGUAACAAGAAAUCACACAGAGGCCAAAUGCUGCAAAAUUAUUUAACUUUUAAUACAGAAAAAAUGGGGAGAGAAAUCUGUACUGCCACUAUAUUAAGGAGAAAGGGAAUUUACAGUAAGUAAAAUUUCUGUUAUUCCUAGCAUAUACUGGCAAUACCCAUGGGAUAUAGCAAGAUCCCGAAAGGGUGAGUGAAUCAAAAGAUGAGAGCCUGAAGCACUGUACACCGAAAGCAGCUUCUGAGGAGGGAAAAAUGUCUAGAAUGCCUGAUAAAGUUAUUAAAAGAGGGCCAAGUUGCUUCUUUGCAAAUAUCCUCUGGACAUAUAUAAGGUUUUAGCCUCAUAUUUGCAAUUCCCUUGUUGGCAUUUGACAAUUUCUGGUUUAGUGUAUAAGCCCAGAUAACUAACUUUUCAUUUAAUGCCUGCUCUGACUUAACCCGUUCACUGCUGCAACUAGAUUGUCUGCUUCCUUGACUAGUGUCUUCUCUCUGCUUUGCCUUACAUUUAAAAGCUGUAGACCCUAAGGAAACCUAUCACCGUUAUUCUAGGUAUUGCUAGUAUACAGUUGGAAUACCAAUGCAAAGAUUAAGAGUAUCUGUAACCCUUAGUUAUAAAUGUGUGACAUUUUUUUGUCCUGCUAUAGUCUUGCCUCUGGCACUCAGAUGGUUAAUAGCACAGCCUUUUCUGUUCUAUAUAUUUAUUUCUUUUUUAAUAGAGUUUACAUACACAUAUCAUCACGUUCGAGAUCCUGCUAGCAUAUAAGAUAUAGGAACAGAGAAGAUCAGCCUUUUUGCGUGGCGAUGUAAACCCAUCAUAUGCCCUGCAGUAGUUUACUUACUGUAGCAGACAAUUAUGUCGCUGUUGAUUAAGUGAAUUAAAACUGAACAUCAGCUUAAUUUGACCUGUGAUGUUUGCUCUCUCUCUCUGGCAGAGAGUGUAUGCUGAAAGUAGGAUCUGACAGCCUGUGAUAAAUUGCUUUAUUUACAAGUGUAUAUUUUUAAAGGCCUCCCCUUAGUUUAUACCGAGCUCCACUAGUAAAUUCUAAUCAUCUGCUCUUCAGAUCAAACAUUUAAUGUUUAAGCAUACCUGUGGGGCAUUGUAAGGCAAAAUAUGGAUACUGAACCUGCAGAGAGCGUUAAGGAGAAUAUUACUAGUGGAUUAUUCACUAAAAAUUUAUAGUGAAUUGAAAACAGAAUUUAUACAACAUAUAAAGGGCAUUCACAUUGCACAAUGGUAGAUAAUAUAUGUGGGUAGUCAAACUCAUGUACCAUUUAAUGUGUUCACUUCAUGCAACUUUUUGUUUAAAAAAAAAAAAUUACACUUUUUUUUGUUUUCAUUUAUAUUUUAUUAAAAAGUGUUAUAUUAAGGGUGCAAUCAAGUUAACAAUAAUGAAUGCAAUUUAACAAGGUAGCGAUGAAACACACACCCUAAGAUUAGUGUACCAUAUCUCCUAUAAAAGUUAAUAUGAAGAAGAAUAUGAGUAUUUAAAGGAUUACUUUGUAGCCCAUGUUAGUGGUUAUGGUGUGAGGAGAACCCUGUUACCAUUUCCUGGCAGUGGGACUGUGUCAGCCUACUCGCAGGUGAGUGUCGCCACCAAGGACUCCCUUUCCCCCUUAGUGAUUAGCUCCAUAGCCCAUCCCUAGUCAUUAGCCGAGGCUCAAUGUAAGCAUAUGUUUUAUUGGCGUGAAUGUUGCAUUUUUAUACCUGGGUCACCAGGAGAACAAUGCCGUUGCACAAUAAGGGACACCUAGGUGUCUUUACCUGACAAGAUAAUUUGAUUUAUAGUAUCCCUCUAAAAAUGUUGCAAAAGCAGUUUUUCUGAGAAACCAUCUGUCCCUUUGGAAACAUUAGAAAUGUUUAAAUGGGAACCAACCUUUCCACGAAUUUUUACCAUGGUAACCUAGCCUUAUAUUUAACAGAUAUGUGUAUGGUCUGAAAAUUAGUGUUAAAUGUAAAAAUCCACUCGGUUGUAUUCAGCUUUAUCCUAGAAUUGGAUUCCUCCAUCUUGGCUCCCUGUCAAUCAUUAUUAGUUUUGCCCUAUUCUAUCAUUUCAACAUUUUAAGUGGAGAAGGAGAAAUAAAAACAAUGGUUCAAUUUCUCCUACUCUGAUGCAAUGUGUGUCCUGGAUUGUGAUGGCAGUGACUAAAUCUUUACAAGGGAAUUGUCACAUCUUUGGAAAUUACUUUAUUAACGGGAUCCUACAGUACCAGGAAAACAAACCCCUUCAGCCACUUACCUGAAUUCAGCGCUGGGUCAGGCUCCGCCCACGCUCCUCCCCCGGGGGAGACCUAAUGCGCGGAUUAGACCUCCCCAUAGGAAAGCAUUAUUCAGUGAUUUCCUAUGGGGAAAACCUGACGCUGGAGGUCCGUGAGGACGUCCAUCGUCAGAUAACGGACCAAAAGUUUGUUUGGAGUCCGGAAGCCCUCUAGUAGACAGCCACAGAGGGCAGACAUAGAGCUGCAAUGUAAACAUUGCAGUUUCUCUGGAACUGCAAUGUUUUACAUUGCAGCACUAAGUGCAAAAGGGUCACAGCACCCAGACCACUUCAAUUAGCUGAAGUGGUCUGGGUGCCUACAGAGUCCUUUUAAAUAAACUUUGAAACUCCACUAUAGUUUGUGUUAAAUGGACACUCCAGGCACCCAGACCACUUCUGCCCAUUGGAGUGGUCUGGGUGCCAACUCCCACUACUCUUAACCCUGCAAGUGUAAUUAUUGCAGUUUUUUUAUAAACUGCAAUAAUUACAUUGCAGGGUUAACUCCACCUCUAGUGGCUGUCUUUCUAUGCUUUCUUAUGGGGAGCUCUAAUGCGCGCACAUGCGCAUUAGGUCUCCCCUGCCGGUGGGCGGGAUCAGUCUCGCCCACCGGCCGACAUAAUGCAGAGGAAGAAGCAGCGACAUGGGACAGUAACCGUGGAUUGGUGGGUGGAAGGGAGAGGGGACCUGCAGUGCCAGGAAAACGGAUUGUUUUCCUGGCACUGGAGUUUCCCUUUAACUUUUUUCUGUUAAAUGUAUCCAGUUCUGUCCAGGCACAGCCAGGGCAUGCAUUGCAAAUGAGGAGGAUAAAUAGAAACAUUAUUUAGUUUCUCAUUUUCUGUGUAUGCUUUGUCUAUGUCAGAUGCAAUGGACCGACUUCUAACCAUGAUUGACAGGGAGUUAAGAUGGAGGCGCCUAGAUGCAGGAUAAAGUGCUGUAGAUUUAUUCACUGAAAUUUUUUGUUUAACGCAUCGUAAAUGCGUAUUUGUUAAAGGAACAUUCCAACACCUAAAGUAAAUGUGAAUAGUGUCUUUUUUUUUCUAUUUUAGAAAAAGUGCUGAUUUCUAAAGAAAUUGCCACUUUUAUAAAUUGUUACCUCUCCCUCCCUGUCCGUCGGAUAACCGAUCCUGUUACUUCCUGAUUGCUUAGCUCAGUAGAGCUAAACAGAGGCAGCAAUUGCCCAGCGCACCUGCAUUGCACAGACUUCUCUUUGAGCUGCAUGGGGAAGUCUUUAAAUGGACAGCCACAGGAAGCUGUGUGAGGUUACAAGGAGAGAUCUUGCCAAGGCUCAGAAAAGAGAUCUGAAGCAUUUGCAAUUUGUUUUUAGAUAUACUCUAAUGCAUUAUUAAAUGCAUGGAUAUUUUCUUUGGGGGUAUGUUACUAAGCAAUCAUUUGUUUUGUGUGUGUAGUUGAUGUGUCCAUUUAAAGGGAAACUAUAGGCACACAGACCACUUCAGUGACUUGAGUGCCACUCCUCUAUUCCAUUUUAAUCCUUGACACUAGGAUCCUGCAGAACAGGAUACUGGCGCUGCAAGGGGGAAAAGUAAAAUUUAUUUUUUUGCUUCUUCCAGAUGUGUGUGAGGGAUCUAAACAGCCCAUAGGGAACUAUCGAGCUAAGACUACACAUUUGUAUUGCUAACUCUAUAGUGUUCCUUUAAAUAUAGGCAAUAAGUAAAGAUAAUGUAAAAUAUUGGAUACUAAAAAUUGCCCUUUCUUAUACAAAAGAAAACAGAGGAUCGGAUGGGGAAUAAAAUAAGUUAUAUCUGAUUUUCAAAAUGUAUUCAACGGUGUAAUCUCCAGAAAAGUGACAGUUUCCCUUUAAGCAUUUUGUCACCAAGAUAAAGCCAAUGGCUGGAGAAUGGUUUUGUAAGUGAGUUUGAAAUCUGUAAAAUGCACUAAAAGAUCAUGUAAACUAAUGUGAGCAAGGUCCUCCUCAAACUAUUGUUCCUGUAAUAUUUUGCCCUUGUCUCAUUUAUUGUUAAAUUUCCCCCUUUUAUAAUAUUGUAAAGCGCUGCGUAAUAAGUUGGCGCUAUAUAAAUACCAAUAAUAAUCUAAUUCAAUCUGCUGGUUUAUAGAUUUACAAAAUGUGUGGUGAAGGUGCUUAGACAAAUAUCUAAUUUAUAAUAUAUCUAGUGCUGCUACUACACUCUAGUGCAGUGAUGGUGAACAUUUUUGAGCCCGAGUGCCCAAACCGCAAUACAAACCAACUUUUUUUCCUCAAAGUGCCAACACGGCAAUUAAACACACAGACACUCACAGAUACACAGACCCUUAGUGCUCUUCCAUACCCUCCUGUCCCUUAGUUCUCUCCCCUGUCACCCUGUGAUCUCCCCUACCCCUCUGUCCCUUAGUGGUCUCUCUCCUCCCCUCCCUUAGAGCUCUCCCCUGCGUCCUUAGAGCUCUCCCCUGUGUCCUUAGAGCUCUCCCCUGCGUCCUUAGAGCUCUCCCCUGUCCCUUAGUGUUCUCUCCUCUUCCCCCUCCCCCUUUAGUGGUCUCUCCUCUCCCCCUCCCCCUUUAGUGGUCUCUCCUCUCCCCCUCCCCCUUUAGUGGUCUCUCCUCUCCCCUUGGUGGUCUCUCCUCUCUCCCCUUGGUGGUCUCUCCCUUUCCCAUAGUGGUCUCUCCUCCCCUAGUGGUUCUUUCCUCUUCCCCUUAGUGGUUCUCUCCUCUCUUCCCCCUCUUUAUUGCUUUCUCUGCUUUCUCUCCCCUCCUUUGGUGGUUCUCUCCUCUCCCCACCCUACUACUUUUCCCCCACCUUGGUGGUGUCUCACUCUUCUCACCCCAGUGGCUCUUUCCUCUUUCCAUUCUCUCCCCCUCAGUGGCUCUUUCCUCCCCCCCCUCUUGGGUGUCUCUUUCCUCUCCUACCCUUAGUGUCUCUCUUUCCUCUCUCCCCUUAGGUGGCUCUUUCCUCUCUCCCCUUGGCUCUUUCCUCUCCCCUUAGGUGGCUCUUUUCCUCUCCACCCCUUAAAUUGGCUCUUCCUCUCCCCCAGUGGCUCUUUCCUCUCCUCCCACCCUGGUGGCUCUUUCCUCUUUCUCCCCUUGGUGGCUCUUUCCUCCCCUAGUAGCUGAUUUUCCUCUUCCCAUUGGUGGCUCUCCCCUUAGGUGGCUCUUUCCUCCCCUAGUGGCUAUUUCCUCCUCCCCCUUGGGUGAUGCUUUCCUCCCUUGGUGAAUUCCUCCCCUUUGGUGGUUCUCUCCUCGCCCUCCUUUGGUGGUUCUCUCCCCCCAUCCCUUGGUGGUCUCUCCUCCCCCCUUUAGUGUUCCCCUCUCCCUCUCCCCUUGGUGCUAACCCCCCUUCCUGUUGUGCCUCCUACCUCCCUGUGUAGCAUGGCUGGGUGGUGUGGACCGCGGUACAGGAGCUUCUGUUUCCUGUACCCGGCCAGACUGAAAGGAAGUGCUUUCUCAGUGAGUACUUCCUUUUAGUCCGGCCGGGUACAGGAAACCGAAGUUCCUGUAUCGCGGUCUGCGCCGCCCAGUCACGCUACUCAGAGUUACUGGCAGGAGGGAGCGCUGUGCGCUUCCCUCCUACUGGGUCACUCAAAUCUGGCGCCCACCCCGGUGACCUAUGGUUGCUUGCCCACAGAGAGGGCUUGACGUGCCAGCUGUGGCACACGUGCCAAAGGUUCGCCAUCGCUGCUAUAGUGGGUAUCUCCCUUUCCCACAAAACAACGAAGAAAUGUGAAACAGCCCUUCAGCCUAUCCGAGCGCAGCGCUAUGUAAAAAAAAAAAAUUAUAUUCACUUACCCCUAUAAUGGGGGUGUGUUGUUCUAUGUAGCUUCACUGGAGAGUAUAAAAGGAUAAGGAAAAAAAACGGGAAAGACUAUGCUGUGUAUCUUUAAGCACUCUUAUGGUUAAAAUACAGUGUUGGUCGCACUCACAUGGGAUUGAGCCGAUAAGAUAGGCUCAAAUCAUAACAGCAGGUGUGUACUCAAGAGACACAUAUUCCCUUUUUCAUAUGCCCCAGUAGUGAUAGCUUUAAACAUAAAGAAAACACAGGCAGCAGCCCGUAAUGCGGUAUAUCCUUUACACUGUGCAAAAUGACAUAAGUAAUGUUGCUGCUCACCUUGAUCAGAGCCCAAGAUACGUGGCUCUGGUUGUAAACACUUGUGUGCCUUUUAGGGGGCUCUUAAAGAAGGGUAGUGCCCCCUAAAAGGCACACAAGUAUUUAAAACCAGAGCUAGGUAUCUUCGUUUAUAGAUUUGCUUCAGUUCACCUAGUACUAUCUAGCUGUCAGGUGCUAUCAUUUACUAAACCGUGAAUUAAUAACUGAAAAUCAAAUUGCAAUUCGUGCAGAAACGAGAAAUUGUGAUUCAUUUUUUUCUAACUCACCACAAUUCACUGUUUGGUAAUUAGACCCCAAAGUUCUUUUAAACCAUUCAGGGUGAAUAUUAUCCUGGUGAAAACCAAAUAUCCCAUCUGAUCACUGUGAUCUACGUCAGUAAGUGAUUGAUUAAUAGUUUGUAUAAUUAUGGCGUGCCUGCUAUUGGAACAAUCCAUUUCUGUAAGUAUAUAUUAUGCAUAUCUUCUGACUGAGUAGAUUAAAGCUAUCAAUACACAUUGUACCUUAGAAGUUCUUGUUGCUCAGUAAUUAUGUAUAGCUAUUAUAAGAGACUAUGAUUAUGAACAGACAAAUGAUUUCUUUAUUAUUUUAACAGUUCAUUUAUUUGCACUGUGGAUACUGUGCUUGUAUUGUUAAUGUGGCAGUUCACCUACAAUUAAGUGAUUGAUCGUGAAUGGAGUUCUUCUUAUUAAUGAAUAUUGAUGCUGAUUCCUGUCCUGAUUGUGAUAGCUUACAUCACAUAGUGAGUGUGGUAUCCCUUAUAGGUCCUGUGGAUAUCACGUCACUAACUACAGACUAUUUAGAGAUGACGUUGUAAAACUACUCAAUGGACUACAGGGUGCCAAAGAUAUGAUGACUAUGUAAUGUUUAGGGUCCCUUUAAUUUUACCAUAGUAUGGGGUCCUUUCAAUCUGACUUUACUAUGCUUAGAUGAGGGCAGACCAUUGAUCUCUAUUAACCUUGUGUUGAAAAGACUGUUAUUUUGGCACAAUGUGAUUAAUAGGGCAUGGGUAUCUAAUAUACCAAAAUAUUUUGUUACUGACUCCAUUAUCUGAUCGUCACGUGGAUUAAUAUGAGGGCAGACGUGAGCCAUUGUGGCUACCAGAAUGAUUCUACUUACAUUCUCUUGUAUUAUCUUCUGACCCAUUGGAUAUCUGCUCACCUGUCCUAUAUCCUAUCUACUGGCCGCACAGGAUUUGGGUAUUUGCAUUCCAUUGCAAAUAGAAUCCCAUUCUGGGAGCUUCUUCCAAUAAUAUAACCAGGCUCUUUCUCAUGGGAGCAAGUCCCUCCUCCUUACACAGCAGCCUGACCUGUCCCCAGGGUACAUCCCUCCCUUGGCUGAACUUGACACAGGUUAAAUGCCUUUCACACUUUAAUUGAGUAAAAUUGCUAUGAUGUAGCAGCAAAUUAUUAUUUUUUUUCAAGUUUUUCUGCACUGAAAAAUGUAAGUGAGUGGAGUUGGCAAAUGACUAUUGAUUUGGGAAACUGUGUUUUAAAUUUCUCUUGGCAGUUCUAUAUUACAGCUACAAGCUGGAUUAGUCAGAGCGUUUAUAAAUAACCCUAAAGCAAGCUUUUGAUUGAAACAGGUUGCGUCUUAUUCUAUUUCUUCCGAUGUCAGCGUUCUCAAAUUUAAUUUAUGCCUUUGCAUAUCAUGUCUCAAUAUUCAUCCCCUUGCUACAUAUAAAUCUUAAUUUAUAUGUCUGUUCUGACGGCUGCACAGAUAUACGAGUGCAUUUUGUAAGAUGCACGUCAAAGCACUUUGUAUUAUUAUUAUUUUUUUUUCUAUCAAUGCUGGAGGCAUCUCUAGCACACAUCUAGGAAAACAAUAUUCCCUGUCAAUGAAUGGGUUAAUUUGCAUGUUUGUCUAUUUGUAUGUCUGUCUCUCUUUCUUUGUAGUAGCCAAAAUCUUAGUAAACAUUAACAUCUCAUUUAUGAAAGUCAGGCAUUAUCACUGGAGAAUAAAAGGCAGGUAUUGCCACCCAGUGUUAGUAAGAAAGCAAUUGGGACUAGGCUUGCUGUGUUCUUGCUAACACCUUCACUGCCAAGUUAUUUCAAAUAAAUAAGCACCAGAAUUGUAUUUUGUUUCUAUCAUCAGUAUAGUAAUGUGUAAAUUUAUUUUUAUAUUAGUAUAUAUUAAUAGCACAUUACACUAAUCCUUGUUUAAGAAACGACAAGAAAACAAACCUAAAAUAACUUAAAGAAUAAUGGUGCUAACGACCAGAAUACAGUUUUAAGGGAGCAUACGAAGCACCAUAACCACUGCAAGUUAUUGCCCUGGCUGUAGAGCUAGGAGUCUUUAGGUGCCAUCCCCCCAUUUCUAACAAACUGUUUCCAAGUAGUUUAACCAAAACUAUAGUUUUCGGCAAAGCCUGGCCCCUCUACAGCAACUUGGGUAAUGUGGAAGAUUUGCUAAUUCAUUAUCUGUCCAAAGCCCAGUAACUUUGGUAUGGCAAUUAUAGGUUGCUAGCAUUGGUUGGCAGAUUAGACCAGCAGUCAGAGCUUAUCAUUGCAGUCCAAUGAUGGGCAGAUAAUGUGGACGUGAAUCUGUCGUGAUACUUUAGUGCAUGCAGAGGAGUUGGACUUUGUGCCUGGGAAGCGGUGUGACAGAAAACCGGGGGAUGGCACACAACUACUUAAUGGAGCUGUAGGGUUAUGGUGCUUUGAGUGCCCCUUUAUUUCCUUUUAUUUGCAAGUUCUAUACAUGGGAUUGGGCUGAGGAUGCAGACCGUUGCUGUUCGUGUGUAGAUUUUAUUGCAAGUGAACGAGUUAAAACCAUCCUCUAAAUUACUGUAUAAGUGGGGGCGGUGCCUGACUGUGAUGAUGGCUGGACACAUUUUCAGAGAGCUCCGGGCAGAUCGUUGAAUCUAAGCGACUUACUCGUACUACCGGUACUCUCUCUGAAUCAGAUAGCGAGGUUUUGAAUGCCAGGUGUAAGGCGACCGGCUUUGCACGAUCGGUGGCAGCCGUCCAGACUAAGCCCUCAACGGGCCGCAGUAAGGCCUAGCAAGCAGCGCAGAGGGGAGAGGUGGCCGCUCUAUCAACCAAUCUCAGGCGGACCUCCGUACAACCCUUGAUGGCACCCUGCAACCCCUCCUUUGGACCGGCGGGGGAGAUCCCGGUCCCCACCCUGGAGGCUCACUCCCUCCACCAGGACUAAGUGACCCUGCUUCAAACAGCAUUGACACCCCACAUGGCAUAACCUACAUGGCGGACGCUGCGGACCCCACGCCUGAUUAUGGCGCUGUGAUGCCCAGAACAACCAUCUUGCCGACUUCUGGGGAGCGAUGUCCCUCCGACAACCAGUACCCGCCCAACAAACCUCGCAAGAGCACCCAUCUAAACCCGAUCCCCAGCAGCCUCGAAAUAGGUGUAGCACAAAGAAAACACAAAAAGGGCUAAAAAAAACGGGUUGGCGGAGCACAAAGGGCGGGAAGCACGGGCCUGCAUCAGACAGUGUUGCCUAUGGAGCCAACAGCCGGAAGGCCAAGCAGGAUGAAGCAGGGAGAGGAAAGCAGGGGAUACAGAAGAAGACACUAAACGUUAUGGACACUGCACUGACCUUGUCUGGGUCACUACGCCUCAUCCCAACACCUGGUUCUGUACCCUGCUCAUGACGGGCAUAGGCUGAAAGCACAGAAGGUCGUCGGAUCCACAAUCACAUCACACACAGCCAGGAGAAAUCAACCUUCCAAACAUCCUCACACUAGCACCUACCAAUAAAGUCACUCAGGGUGGCAAAUCUCGUUUGCAAAAUACCUUUAAUAUGUAACUUACUGUAUAUGCACCAUAUAUCAACCAGCUACUGCUAUACUGCAAAACAUGUUCAUACAUUAUAAUUACGCUAGCAUAGCUAACCUGUCAAGCAUCAAUCAUUUUAUUUUAUUUCAUCUUACUCUGACACACAUGGCUUAUAGCUUGUGCCCUAGUAUAUGUUUCUUGUGAAAAGCCUAAACUAAGCAAGCAUAACUCACUCUAAUGUAAGCGAUAACAACUAGAACUAACCUGUAUUACUCACUCUGAAUGUUUGUAUAACCUGUGACUUCAAUAGACUAGCUAAUAUGCUGAGCAAGCCUAAUUACAGUUUAAACUUACUCUUCAAAGUCGAUUACUUAAGCUGAAAAUAAUAUAAAAAUGUGCCUGUUAAUCUUUGUCCCGCAUGUUUUGUGAGAUAAUUGCCUGGGGACUGCUUUCAGGGCACCUCAUGCCUGCUUGUAAUAUCUAUAUGCACUGCAAAAAUAAAAAAUGUAAAAUAACAAACAAAAAAAAUUACCAUAUAAGUGGUAAACCAAGUCUGCUCCCACUCUGAUAUGAUGGACAAGUUUAGCACAAUCUGUGUGGGCGUGCAUUUCUUUUCAGUGAGAGCAUGAAGACCAUUGCAUAUAGUAUAUCAUGCCCUUUAUCUCUUGGUAUAUUACAUAAUCAUCAAGUGUUUGUGUCCAUCAAAUAACUGCUGGGCCAUUGUAUAUGAUGGAUAGAGAUGACUUAGAUGACAUUUAGGAAUGCAUUAUAAAGGUGGUCAUUGUAUUGCAAACCUGUCAAAUGGUAACUGCUUAGCAUAUUUGAUAUCUUGCACGGUGUUAUUGGAUAUCCAAAAAUAUGUCAUGAAUGAAAUUCUGAUUAUGAUGCAUCACGCAGAGCCUAAAACAUGCUCAGAUAAUAGUUUCACACAUACAGCCAAGGGAAUUGUCACUUAUAAAAUGCAAAAUGUGUUUUAAAUGAGAAUUCCCCUAAAAGUUGAGCCAUUUCUACCAUGCACAAGGAGUACUAAGCAUUCAUUGCAAGGCCAUGUGGUGCUCCAAACAGCGAUGUCUCAUUCAAUACAUUUAACCCAGCACAUCAAUGUCUCUUUCAGCAAAUGGACUUUAACGUGUUUGUGCAUCAUCUGACAACAUGAGAGCAUGAGGCAAUGUUUGUUUGAAGAGUUAGAAUGGGGCAUGCUGGUAGUAUCCAUGCAGUGCUGAACACACAGUAUCAAUCAGUGACAAGCGAUCUCUGUCUGUUCUCCAUAGGUCAUCCCGUUAGACAUUACUGUGGAGCUUCAGAGACAGAUUAUGUCAGAGCUUGAGAUCCUGUACAAGGUGCGUGAGCUUUGUGUCUCUGUUUUGGGAAUUGAUGUCAUGAAAAAAAGAUUUACCACUGCUUCACCUCACCAUUCACAUUUUAUUUUGCAGUGUGACUCUCUGUACAUAAUUGGAUUUUACGGGGCUUUUUUUGUGGAAAAUCGGAUUUCUAUCUGUACAGAGUUUAUGGAUGGUGAGUUAACUAAUGCGUAUAUUUUGUGAGCAACCUAUUACUUUUUUUUUUUUUUUUUUUACACUCUUUGUAACUGCAUUCUGUUGUAAAAAUUGUGUUUGUGUUCAAAGCAUUACUCGCUUCUAUGAAAACUAUUGCUGAUUCGGUGCCUUACUUAAAAUAAUAAUUGCCGUGAAUGGCACACUUGCUGCAACAUUAGCUGCAAUUCUUACCUAAAUAGGCACCCAAGUACCUAUCAGAAAAAGUGUGCAAAGGAAGCUCCACGGACAAAAAACAAAUUGUUUGUCGCAAAGUACACCCCUUGGUAUACUAUAAAAAAAAAUAGCCCAAACCAAAGUAUCACUAUUUCAUAAAAUCCAAAUAAAGUGCCCUCUUUCACAUCUGCCAAUCAGAAAUUCAUGAAUAAAUACAUAAAACUCAAAAAUAAGAAAUAAUGCCUAUGUCCAUUAAAACCAAAAAGAAAACAAAUGCUUAUUUGAAUUAAUCUUGCAUCUCUAAAUGGAAUGUAGACACAUGCAAACCCUUUAAAGACAUUAAUGCUCAUUAGCCAUAACAGCGGUGUAUUCUCUCAUAGUAAUACCUACAAGUAUGUAGCUAUGAUUAGUAGUGUGUUAGACAUGCCAUUCAGAGAUGCGGGACUGAGACAUAAUGUGGCAUUUAUUAUUUUCAUUUUGGUUUUGAGGAAUGCAUGCACUAUUCUUUAUUUUUGCUCUUUUCUUUAAGAGUUUUAUGUCUUUAUUAGUUAAUUCCUAAAUGGCAUAUGUGAAAGAUAGCACUUUAUGUGGAUAUAGUGCAAUACAAUACAUUUGUCUGGGCUAUUUUAUCACAGUUAACUAAAGGGUAAUACAAAGAGCAGCCUUUACACCUAUGUGCUGCGCAAAGUAGGACACAUAGCUAUAGCAAACACAGAGCAGUGUUUAUACAUUUCAGUGCAUGUAAGCUUCUUUGAAGGCAGUGCUAGCUAUAUGUGACAUACUGGUACAUAUAUUUAUGUAAGGGCAGAUUGUGCGCAUUUUUGGAACAUCUGUAUGAUCUGUACUGUUAUCUAUAUAAUAUAGAACACACUCCAUAGUAGUGUCCUACAGAGACAAGCAGGUGUUUCUUUUUAGCACUCUAAACUGUAUAUGAUUUACAGAGCAUGUUCUGAUCGUUAUCUCCCUUUAUCAUACAGGUGGAUCUCUGGAUGUGUACAGAAAGAUUCCGGAGCAAGUUCUAGGCAGGAUAUCUGUUGCUGUGAGUAGCCUCUCUUUUCCUUAUCAAUGUUUAGUAAUAUUUUUUUUUUCCAAGAACCGUAUUUUUAGAUUAAUUUUUUACCCAAUUUGCUUAAUGCGGGUUUACUAUAGAUCAACAUAAAGACUUCAAACUGUUGCCUGUGGCUUCUUGUGCGCAGCUGUAUUAUUAAGUAUGCAAUUCUGAUAUGGGUUACCAUGUUCUAGGUCUUGAAGGGUCUCCGAUAUCUUUGGAGUUUAAAGAUUUUACAUAGAGGUAAGUUCUCUGUUACGCUUUUACAUAUGCAAACAAAAACAAAUACUUUGGCUUGGAGUUAACUAUUAAAAAAAAAUAAAAAAUAAAAAAUUGUUGUUAAAUUGCUUUAUUGUUCCUUGCACACUUGCCAGAUCUGUCUCUAACUGAAAGAUGCUAGUAGUAAAAAAACAAAUCAUUUCAUAGAUCACAAACUAAUAAGCAUAAUUAGAGGGUUUGUGUUUUUUAUUUUUAUCGCAUAUUCCGAUUUUGGCCCCAAUUUCAUAUUUUGGAUAAGAUUCUCAAAUUAUUUAAUAUUAUGAAAAAUAGUUUAUGUUUUUGAAAUUUUAAUAUUUUGCAAAAAAUAUAUUUAAAAAUUUUGCAUAAAAUAUUUUUAAAGUGUAUACAAAAAUAGAAAAUCAAUUGAAAAGCUUAUCUGAAAAAUAUUAACUUAAUGCCUAUGUUUCCUGAUGCUUUCAUAUAACCAUUAGCAUUUGCCUUACUAGGGUUAGUUGGAUGAUUAUAUUUCACAAACUAUAAAAUGUGUAAACCUGUUAUGAAAAUUCAGUAAAUAUAUCGCAUUUCAAAUUUUGCAUGAUUAAAUGUAUCUACAGAAAAUAAAAUUUUUAUAUAGUGUUGUAGUUCGAAGUAUUUUUAAUUAUAGUGUUACCUCUCCAAAGCGUAACUGUGUACAUUUUUUUUUAACUUUUCCAAGUGAUGCAUUGCUAUUCACUAUUAUUCACGCUCCUAAACAGUAUUUUCAUAUCACUAGGGUAACCCAAAUACAGUAGAUCCUUUUCUCACUAUGCCUAGAGGAAUAUCCGCUACACCUCAUUGAUGAGGCACAAUUAAGGUCAUAACUAUCAUUUCGGGUUGUUGUAUAUUUCAUGCAGAGUGAAUUUGCUAGCAUAAUCAGAUCUGUCCUUGUGUGUAACAUCAGUUCGAUAUGUGACUGAUGGGUGCUCUCUCUGUAAUGGCACAAGUGAUCUAAGUUUUGUGUGAGACUUCAGGGAACCAUGGGCAAACUAUUAACUUUUGUCCGUUCUCAUAAAAAAAAGCUUUGGGAUAUCUACUCACUUAAGGUCUUCUAAUUUAUUUGACUUUUUGUAUAUUUAUUUGAUACAGACAAAAUAAUUUAAAAAACUGUAAACACAAAAGAAGAUAACCAUUUUGUGAAAAAGGGUAAAACAACAUGAAUCGCUUCAGUAACUACGUAUAUAGAAAGGUGUGUGUGUCUGACUCUUCUCUGUGGUGGUCUAUAUAGAUAUAUAGUUUUACUUUUAGAAAUCACUUUUCACGUGAUCAUACUUUGAAAAAUAUCCUAUUAAAAGAAUAAUCUAAAAUAAACUAGGAAGGAAUUCCUGUUGUGUACUAGGAACUACAAGGAUAGGUAGUACAGUGGUACCUCGGUUUACCAAUUUAAUGGGUUUUCCGGGAUGUUUUGUAUUGCGAAAAAUUUGUAAACCGAAACGUGGUUUCCCAUAGGAAUGCACUGAAAACCAAUUAAUUUGUUGCGGAGGUCAGAAAAAGUCAAAAUGAGCUGGCAUGGAAACCAAUCCACAAUGCAGAAGACACAGUAAAAGGCAUGCAAACGACGAAGCUCAGCUCCCUACCUUUCUACCUCUUGAGAAAUGCACCAAAAAAGUCCCAAAACCGCUGCUAAAAAUGUCCAGAAUGGCUCCAAAACUCGAUGCAAAAACCGCUCCAACACCUCCACACUCGGCACCACGUGCUACCCACAGACUCCAGCAUGCAUGGGGGUGGCACUAUAAACCUCCCAGGUGCAAUGCAUUCUGGGGAAACUUGCUUAGUAUUGCAAAAAAAAAGUGUAAAGCGUAAGGCAUUAUUUUCAAUGGAUUUUAAUUUGUAAACCGAAAAUUAUGUUAACCGAGGCGUUUGUAAACCGAGGUACCACUGUAUUUAGAAGGGGUGUAACCAAACGUAUUCCUAAGAAUGCUAUCUGAUACAUUCUCACAUGGGUCAGAUUAAUAAUUCAGGUUUAUAAUUAAUGGUGAUAUGUAACCUAAACAUGUGGAAGUUUUUUGUGAUCUAUAGGAUUUUGGUUAGGUAGUUCAAAAUGUGCUGGUUAUUUGUUGGUUAUGCAUGACCUAAAACUAAUUCUAUCCGAUUUAUUCACUAAAGUGAGAAUUGUCGGGAAUUCAAGGUGAAUUAAAAUUGUAGGUCGAAAUAGCUGAAUAUAGAAAAAUUCUCCCAGUCAAUUCUGUUUUAAGCUUGGCUAUUUUGGCCUUAAAUUUCAAAUUCAAUUUGGAUUCCCCACAAUUCUCAUUUUAGUGAAUAAUCCUGUAUUUCAUCUGUGUGAUUAUAGUGAUUGUUAGUUAGAUUUUUUUUUUUUAUUUAUUUUUUUUUUAAUUGUGCAAUGUAUAAUGUAUCUGAACUAUAUUGCUGUUGUUUCCUCCUUGGCAGAUGUUAAACCCUCGAACAUGCUGGUAAACACUCGAGGGCAGGUGAAGCUUUGUGACUUCGGUGUGAGCACUCAGGUAAACCGUUAAUACUCUUGUCAAAUCAAAUGCAGCUGUGCCUUAGCUAUUCGAGUACCUGCGCCAUAGGUAAACACCUAUAGAUACAUCUCUUACUGUGUUCAUCGUGGCCCAGCUCAUCCAUUACAAGUAGCUGUAUAUGUUUCUGGGCACUGUAGGUCUUUACAGCAGGUAAGGGGUUAAAUGGAGUAACAGAUGAUGUGGUAAUUACUAAUGGGAUUGCAGAGUCAUUAAUAUGCGUCCAGGGGAGUUAGGCAAAGAUCGGCUCUGCCCAAACAAAAGAAUGAGAUGGGGGGGGCGGUUUACUGGGGAAACUGUUAUCAAAAAUAAUAAUAAUUAAUAAAAAUGAAUGUACAGCAAAACAAAGCAUCUGAGGCCUCUUCAAGACCCUCCCCCCAAAUUGUAAUUAAUUUCCAUCUCUUGGACUCCCCAGAGACGACCCAUCAGGUUGACCCUUGACCUUCCUGUCAUGUUACUUUGAAUAGACUCCUUCACUCCCCCUGCUCAGCUAGAAACCGCAAGGCUCUGGGGGCUACUAGCUAUUCAGUACGGCCCCACCUGCUGCACUGCCAGCUUCACUUACACAGGCUGUGGUAUUAUCAAGUGUCUUCCACUCGUACACUGUGAGCUGCUCAAUUACUUUUUCAUUGCACUAGCGCUCUCCUUAAACCCUGACUGUCUAGAGGUGUCUUUCCUGCACUUUGUGUCUUUAUCCAUUCUUUUUGCUAUUCUUGUAGUUACUGUAAUGUACUUAAAUUGUCUCCCUCUUUAUUGUGUUCUUUUGUUUUCUGGUGAGCAGUGUUCUUGUAUUAAACACAAUUUAUAUAGCUAUGAUGUGUCUGAUCUCACUGUGAUUGCAUCUUUAGAAUAUCCAAAGCCCCAUGGGUUCCACUAAGUUGCACUUAAUUAGAGAAAUUGUCCUAUCCAGGAAAUGUGUGAAUAAUCCUUAAAGUGUACUUGUCAUGAAACCCACAACUUGAAUUACAAUGAAAACUUGUGGCAUUUGGUCUAUAGAUUGUGCUAGUAAAUAUUACAUUUUCUUAAAAAGUGAAGUAACAUAUUGUUCUCUCCUCACAACUGUCAAUCAUUUCUUGACAUAGGCUCCUCCUACAUGCUGUUCUGCUCUUCAUCACAGCAACUACGAAGUGCAUGUGAUGCACUGUAGUCCCUAUGACUGUUCUACUGAUAAACGCAUCUUGCUAGAAUAGUGUGCUGUGGGGAGGUCUGUUUAAGUAGAUGGUGGACUGGACAUAAGUGGGAACUGAGAUUGGUGCUAAAAACAAAAGCUGCAAAGUAACAGAACCCAUUUAGAGAAACACUGUAGCGUUUAGAAUGCAAACCUGUAUUCCUAACACUAUAGUGCCCUAAUUCCGGGCCCACAGUUUUUUGUGUAAAAACUUGUAACAAGAAAAGAAAAGGGGGUGGGGGUGGGGGAGGGUUGUUUGUUGUUCAUCUUUUUCCAGCACCACACUCCUUUGGUUCUGCUCACCUCUCCUCCUCCAACAACAACAUAGAGGAGGCAUUGCUUCCUCACCGCUAGUCCAAGCAUUCCUAUGACAUUCAGCAUCACAUGACCAAGUUUUACUAGGUCAGGGCCGGGGAAUCGCUGUUUUUUUCAGUAUGACCGUCACUUGUGAUGUGUUUAUAUCUGCAAUGUAAACAUUGUAGUUUGUAAAAAAAAAAAAAAAACUGCAGUGUUUUGCAAGGUUAAAAUGACUGAACCAGAGCUAGAGAUCAGAGAGGAGUUUAUAAUCUAGUUCUCUUUACUUUUUUUAAAAAUAUACAUUAAAAUAAAAGUAUGUUUUGAGAUUGGCAGAGGUUAAGCAAAGUUCAGUUUCAGUUCCUAAGUUAAUUUACCAUCAAGGAAACGAAUCCCAAAGUAGAACAAACUGCAAAAAAAAAAUAAAAAAAAUGGUGGCACGCAGAUAUUGAAAAGAUAGGAAAUAUACAUUAAAAUAGAAAGGAGGGGGGGGCGGGGCCUGACCAGCAAGGCAGCCAGACGUGCUGAAAGUGAGCUCCUCACAAAAAUCUUGUAAUCCAAACCUUUACAGUGGGAUUAUUGCCCCCAAAUGACCACCAAACAGUUCAUUAUCUGUUCCAGUAUGCAGGGGAGCUUUCUUGUGCGAGUCUGGAGCCUUUAUUAUCGACCUGCGGCUCGAAAUUAAAUUUGGGCCUACAAGCUUGAGGCGGGCCUUGAGGAGGGGAAGCAGCCAUUCUCCCUCCUGGACCUUCUGCAAUUACUGAAGAGGUUGCCCCGUUCACCCCCCCCCUUAGGACCGGUGGGGGUUAUCCCGGUCCCCACCAGGGAAAAAGCAACAGCGGACCUUGUGGCGAUACAGCUAAAAGCUAUUGGGACAGAGCACGACUGCAUGGUGCUGUUAAAAUGGCCGCCACAACAACCACACACUCAGCAAGCAGCUGGGAAGCCAAAUUUACUGCUACCUUUGACGCGAUCUGCGCAGCAUUUUGGAGCCGACUGGAGGCCCGUCAAGCAGAACGGAUACUCACCGUACCCUUGGUACCCGCGGUACCCCCUGGGCCAGGAGUCACAAUGGGCGCGGUGCCCGUCCAGCAGCCACACAAGAGGGAAACUGCCUGUGGUAUGGAGAAUCCCCAGGACGUUAACCCUUUCAAGGGAGCUGGAGGGGCUGGUGGUUCCCAGGCACCGGCUCGUCGGCCGACCCGGGUUCGGCGGGCGGAGCGGAUGAUGGAACGCCGCUCGAUUGAUCCAUACAAAAAUACAGUUCUUCAUGCACCCGAGGGCCUCUUGACACAGAGGGGAUGCUGGAGCAGAAACACCAAGCAAACCAUGGAGAAGUGCAGAAUUGGCUCCCAGAAGAAGCCUGCUUGUGGCAUCGGCUAAGUAGAUGAACUGCCUUACCAUAAGCAAAUAAUCUGCAAGUGCCCCACACUAGCCAAGAAUGUUAUUCUGUUUAUUCUGUUUUGUUUUUUUUUGUCUGUGAUUCCUGUCACAUGCUUCUCAAUUUGCCACAGGCAUUUAGUUGUAACGACAUUACAUUAAAGAGUCCCAGUGGCCACCACACUAAUUUUAACACCUUUCCCAUAACAACCUGGUGGAUCUUCUCAUGUGUUUCUCCUCAUGCGUUUUUAGUUAAAAAUUCAUAUGAAGCCUGCAAUAUCCAAGUCUGUCAUUAGUCAUGUUUUUUCUAUUACUUUACAUACCAUAAAAUGUGAAAGUCUUUUCACAUGUCAGGUGGCAACUAUGCGACAGUAGCUACAGCGUUUACUUCCAUUUGACAUGUAAUAGUAAGCUUGAAUACGUAACUUAACUUGUGAGAAAAAAAAAAAGUGCAGUUAUCAAUUACAUGCCAUACUAAUCUGUUUAUUGAAAUGUUUAUGUCUGCCGUUGUGGCAUAGCAAGCAUGAUUGUUAAUCUUUUUGCACAACAAAAAUAAAGAAUUAAAAAAAAAAAAAAAAAAAUAGAAAGGAGGAUAGUAUAAUCAUUAAAGGAACACUAUAGGGUCAGUAACACAAACAUGUAUUCCUGACCCUGUAGUGUUAAUAGUGUUAAAAACCUCAUCUACCACCCCCCACCCCUCUCUUGCCUACCUAAAUAUAGUAAUUCAAGUCUGCAGCUGCUGCCUCUGCCCAUGUCUGACGCUGAGCUGUGGUGGUUUGAGCCAAUCACAGUGCUUCCCCAUAGGAUUGGCUGAGACUGUGAAGGAGGCAGAUCAGGGGCAGAGCCAGCAAAAAGUCAAACACAGCCCCGGCCAAUCAGCAUCUCCUCAUAGAGAUGAAUUGAAUCAAAGCAUCUCCAUGAGGCUGUUCAGUGUCUGCAUGCAGAAGGUGGAUACACUAAAUGACAGUACUGCACAGUGUGCAGCACUGCCACAGGAAGCACCUCUAGUAGCAAUAUGAGGAGUGGCCAGUGGAGUUAUCCCUAGGCUGUAAUGUAAACACUGUGUUUUCUCUGAAAAGACAGUGUUUACUGCAAAAAGCCUGAAGGGAAGGAUUCUACUCACCAGAACAAAUGCAAUACGCUGUAGUUGUUCUGGUGACUAUAGUGUCCCUUUUAAGAUACUGAGGGCACAAGGAAAGGGAAAAGAAACAUUACUGUGUUUCUUCAAAGCGACACUGUCAUCUUCUGGGGACAGGAUUUGCAAAACUCAGCAAAUCUCUUGAUUCUAUCUUUAUGAAAUACUAAUGUUUCAGAGGGGUGACAGUGGCACUUUAGUUUAGUGUAAAGCAUAUGCAUAUGAACAAUGAAGGUGUUAGGCAGGUUGGGAAAAUACUAUCCCUUAAAUCAGUUGUAUAUAUUGAGAUAUAUAUAUAUAUAUAUAUAUAUAUAUAUAUAUAUAUAUAUAUAUACUGUAUCUUUAUGAUAAUAUAUAUGUGCCAUGUUUAAAGAGAUGUUAAAUCAUAAAGUGUAUCUGUCAUGACAUGUUCAAUUUAAAAGCCUGGAACAAAAUAUCAGGAACUUGAACGAGUCAGAAUUGUUUUACAUUAUGAGUUCAAUAACAUUAUUUAAUUUUGACCAUUAAAGCUGGAGAUCUAAUAGUGAUAGGAGUUGUAAUCCUCUAUUAUUUGACACAGAAUAUGUUGCUCCCCAUUGAUAUGAACAUGGAACCGGUCUCCCAUUCAGUGAUUUAUUCUUAGGAACAUUUGCAUUGUUUAUGUGUUUGUGGAUAGAAAGCAAUAUAAUCAUCUUCUCUUUAAUGUUUGCAGAUUAAAGUACUCUCUAUAUUUUUUUAUUCCUUCGUUUAUAUCUUUAUUUUGUUUUCUUCUUUUUCUUGCUUUGAUGGGUGGAUUAAGUGAGAAAUAAUUGCCCGUUUUAUGCCAUCGUCAUUUUAACGUGAUCAUUUUCUUUUUUUUUUCUUUUUUUUUUUAGCUGGUGAAUUCUAUAGCCAAGACCUACGUGGGAACAAAUGCUUACAUGGCUGUAAGUCUUAAACACCUUAUAACCUUUGGUUAUAGGAGUACCAUUGCUUUUCUGAUCUUCACAACACAAUAGAUGUUUAUUGUGCAACACAUAUUGAAUGGUUUUUGUGCUCAAAUAUUUUUUGGUCACUAAAAGUAAGAUUCCUUCCUGACUAUGACAACACUGACGUGCUGAUAAGUAAUUGCAAAGAUGUAUUUCAGACAUCAGUGCUUUGUGUCUGAACCAAUUCAAUUAAUGGUGAGAUACAGUAGAAGCUUUUUGACAAUUUGUGAGAAGAGUAUGGACAGCUAAUGCCUUUUGUGACUAUCAUUUGAAUCACCUAAACAUAUACUGUCUCCUUUCUAGGAGCUGGCACUACCCUAUUAUCUGCUGCUCAUAGCCUAUUUAUGAACAAAAGACUGGGCACAGUAUCAUGAAUUAACCUGCAUCGGACCAUAGUCCUGAUUCUGUGCCGAAUCCUUUCUUUCUGUUGGAAUCACUAAGGCAGGAUACCCUGGACUGGUAGCACUUGGGGGGUCCUUAAAUUCAGUGCCCUCUCAUACUUGUGUUUAUGUUUUGUGUGAGUUAGACCAACUUAGCAGUGCAAGUCAUUCCUUUGCCUGUAUCUUACCAAAUUGUGUGACCGAGCACAAGGAGAGUUUUGGCACUUGUUAAUAAGAAUUGUAUUAGAAUUACAUUUAAUAUGAAAUUAUGCAUCCCACAUAUUUAAAAAUGAUAUAUAUACAAGUUUGAUGUGCUUCAGUGUUUUACCUAUGUACUUUAUUAUUCUGGAGUCUGCAAGAAAUAUAUAAUAUAGAGUCACCUUUGGCCUUAAAUGCAUUUUGUGUGAUACCAGAGGCUCCCGUUUUAUUUACCGAUUGUCAUAUGUUUCCAAGAAUCUUUAACACAGAAAGGGUUAAAUGUUCCACUUAUAUGAAAGACUUGCAUUUAGGUAGUAAUUAAAUUGAGAUUCCCUUUGAUGGUUUGAUCGUAGAUUAUCUUGGAUGAUCCUAGGUGUACAUUAAAUGGAUUGACAGAUGAAGGGGUACCUCCAUCUGGUAAUUGGAAUAGGGGAUUAAAUUCAGGAGACAGGACAAUUGCUAUAUGCUUUGCUUUAGAAAUAAAUUCACCUUUUGUUUAACAAUUUUCUAGCUAAAAACUGUUCUGCGGAAGGCAACUACAUUCUUUGUAUCAAUAUUCUUUUGUGUGCAGUUACUAAAUGAGUUUAUUACAGGGUGUGAGGUCACCCUAACUCAGGAAAAAUCUCCCCCGCCAGGCACACGUAGAAGGGAACAGUGAGAAUACAAUCACUUUAAGGUCUGGACUGUGACUUUUAUUUACAGUUCCUUCCCCUACCAAGCACUGACCUGGAUAAGCACACAAAACACACUCAUCUGGCACUAAUUUCUGAGUUUGUUUUCUUGUAUAGGGGCCCUAGGGUUAUACAACGAUAAGAGAAGGUGUAAGGCAGUCAGGUGCAUUAAGGGUGCUGUGUUAAACUGUGCCAAGGGAAUGCUGCUAUACUGCACUCUUGAUCUCACUAUCUUAACACAGCUAAACACGUUCAAACCAAUACUUUGUACAUAUACAAGUCUGGAGCCACUACACCCACCUGUAUAGUUAGUAGACGCAAAAAAAGCUGACCACACGUUUGGGAAAUUUAGGACAAAAUAGCUGAAUUUGGAAGAGAGAAAAAAACAUAUAUCUCUGAGAUAGCUGUGAAGUGAAGUGGUAUAUGUUAGCUGAGGCUGGGUAACUAGUUGGGUAACCAUACCAUCUAGAUCUCAGAACAUAGCUGGAAACUAGCAGGAAGCUAAAUGUACAUUUCCUGGCAGCAAUACAUUUAUAAUUUUGAGUAUGUUCAGGCACUUUAUAUUAAUAAACCAAAACAGAGAGACUACUGACAGCAGGUCAAAUCAGUGAGCCCCCCAUUUAGUUUUCAAUAUAGUUUUAGCUCAGCUUGUUCCAUUACAAUGAGAACCUAAACAAUUUGCUUAUCAGACAGAUCCCACCCUAAAGUGUAGUCUAGUGGGUGGCCAGAUGUCAGGGCUUUGCUGGACCUGGGGUAUGUUUCUAUAAGGAUAAUGAAACCUUAGAGAGGGUUCAGAGAAGGGCUACUAAACUGGUUCAUGGAUUGCGGGAUAAAACUUACCAGGGAAGGUUAAAGGAUCUUAACAUGUAUAGCUUGGAGGAAAGACGAGACAGGGAGGAUAUGAUAGAAACAUUUAAAUAUAUAAAGGGAAUCAACACAGUAAAGGAGGAGACUAUAUUUAAAAGAAGAAAAACUACCGCAACAAGAGGACAUAGCCUUAAAUUAGAGGGACAAAGGUUUAAAAAUAAUAUCAGGAAGUAUUACUUUACUGAGAGGGUAGUGGAUACAUGGAAUACCCUUCCAGCUGAAGUGGUAGAGGUUAACACAGUAAAGGAGUUUAAGCAUGCGUGGGAUAGGCAUAAGGCUAUCCUAACUAUAAGAUAAGGCCAGGGACUAAUGAAAGUAUUUAGAAAAUUGGGCAGACUAGAUGGGCCAAAUGGUUCUUAUCUGCCGUCACAUUCUAUGUUUCUAUGUAUCCGUGUGCCAGUGGUAACUCCAUGUUUCUUCUCUUAUGUUUCUUCCUUUUUCCCUUAACUGUUUUCCUUUUCUUUCUUCUUUAUUUUCCCUGCCCUUCUCCCUCUUUUCUUCCCUUCCAUCCCUUAAUUAUUUUAGUACUUUUCUGCUGGGUCUCUCUUAUAAUCCAGAAAUGAUUUAUUUUUCUUUUGCAUUCUUCAUUCAUUGGAUUCCUAUAAUUGGUGCACUGGUCAUUUGAAUCUAGAGGUUAAAGGAUCACUAUAGUAUCAGGAAAAUAAACUAGUUUUCCUGACACUAUAUAAUCCUUAGGUGUCCCCCCCCCCCUGCUUGGCUGAAGGGGUUAAAACACCUUCACCCACUUACCUUUAUCCAGCGCCAGGCUCCCUCGGCGCUGGUGACCUCUUUUCCCCCUCCGACGUCAGCUCCCGAGCGGCCAGAGCCCAUAAACGCCCAUAGGAAAGCAUUACUCAAUGAGGAUAUGCUGAUUGGCCUAGGUGACAUUUGGCUCCACCUGUGACGCGUCUCAUUGGCUGAGAUCAUCAAAAUUUAGUAAAGUAGACAGUGCGUUGUAGGUGGGAGGCUUGAGUGAAGCAGUGAGGCAACCUACAUUCAGCUUGAGUUCGUGGUCUACCAUUAAGAUGUUUGCAAAGAGGUAUUGGAUUAAAGAUAGUCUAAAUAAUGAGCGAAAUUUAAGGAAUGCAGAUGCAGGGAAGAGGUUAUUGAGGUGUGAGUGGAAGUUACCAAGAAUAAUCAAAGGGAAAUACAAAGGGAAAAAAGUCAGUCCUUUGUGUAAAUCUGAAAGAGAGAGGAAGUGUGAAUUUCAAAGAAUAUGAAGAUAUAUAUGAACCGUAAUUUUGGUAUGGAGCAGAAGUCCAAAAGGAAGACAAGUGGUCCAAAUAUGUACAUAUGUAGUUCAGGAAAGGGUUGAUGUGAAUGUAAGAGAAGUAGUUAUUGCUCUGUAUACACAGAAUAUUCAUGCCUUUUAUGAAAAUACAGUAAUUAUAGAGAUGUGACUUAGUAUGAAGGAGAUGUUGUAAACCUUAAGUUCCAGAGACUGAAGAACCUGUGCUAGAUGAGGGCAGGUAACCGGUUGGUAAGAGGUUAUUCUUAUUUUUAGACAUAUUCGUUUUGUUCUUGGGGAACGUACAAACAAAUUAUAUCCUUUAUCCCUGCAACUGCCAUCAACCCACCAUGAGCAAGCAUUCAGAGAGGUCUAUGCCAAAGAGGCACACACUUUGCUUCUGCUGACACCAUUGUCACCAAUGACAACUGAUGUGUGUCAGAAAAACGUCACGAGCAAUGUUUCGUCUAACCAACACCUCUUGGGACGACCUAAAUACUAAUUGUAGUCUGGCAGCUGGUCAACCUCAUUAACUGCAGUCUCCUGAGAAAUAUCCAGUGGGCCAGUCCAGACCUAGAGAUCAUUGAGUUUGUGGGCACCUAGCCCCUAGCAAAUCCACCUACAGCUGCACUAGCAUUAAGACUAGGCAUUGCAACUGUUAAAGAAUAGAAUUCCUUAAUGUUCACUCAGCCAGUCCUAAUCUAGAAAUAUUGGAAAAAGAACGUAUGUUUUUUUAUUUUUGCAAAGAGGAGUUUUAGCAGUCUCUGGAUGUCUGCAACUGCAGUAUCCUGACUGAUUCAAUUAAACAAUAUUUACAUGUAAAUACAAGUGUUCAGAAAAUAUGAUUUAAUAAAUUCAGCAUUAAAGGCCUGCAGACUAUUAUAGCAAAUAAUGAGUUGCACUUUCGGAGAAUCUGUUGUAUCUUUACUUGACAUCAUGUGUUAUAAUUUUUUUUUAUAAAAUACAAUAAAAAAUGAAUGUUUUCGUAUUUAUUCAUUUUUUAUUUUUUUUUUGCUUGCAGCCAGAAAGAAUUGCUGGGGAACAAUAUGGAAUUCACUCCGAUGUCUGGAGCUUGGGAAUCUCAUUUAUGGAGGUGAGAAACAUUAUUGUGCAAUAAAUUCUUUAAACCAAUGCAAGCACACAUUUCAAUGUGCACGUGUUUCAGUGCAAACAAUGUUCAAUGCAUUAAGUUGUGACCACAAGAUUGUGGAGAGUUUGCUUUAGUUCAUUUUGUAUUUAUUCUGCAAACAUAGUUAAAGGUAGACUAUAGCAUUAGGAAUACAAACAUUUAUUCCUAACACUGUAGUUGUUUACUACCUAUUUUUGUGUCCUUUCUGCUGUGUGCGUUUAAAAGGUGAGAUUUACUUACCUUUCAGCCCUUCCCGCACCAGUCUCCGUCCUCUUUGUGAAUAGCAGAUUUAGCUCAACUAUUGGGAUGGAAGUGCCUCUAGUAGCUGUCAGCGUUACAGCCUCUAGAUGCAUGGUAAUUCUGCAAUGUAAACACUGCCAUUCCUGCAGAACAGCAAUAUUUUAAGUUGCAGGGUCGAAACUACAGGGACAUGUUAUCCAGUUGGGGUGGUCUGUGUGUCUAUAGAGUCCCUUUAAACUGGCACUAUAAGGACUACAUGUGAUAUAGACCGAAUAGGGUAUAUGUGAACUAGACAGAAUAGAACAAUGAUUUAAAAGUGUGAGGAAUUUUCUUUUGUCUCAACUACUGGAAUCAAUAUUUCAGAUAUCCAAUAUGUACCUAUUAUAGCCAUUACAUCCGAUAUUUGUCAAGGGAUUAGGAUGACUCAACAUGCGUCAUCUUAAUACACAGAAAUACAGUAAAUACAGUGAGGGGGGAAAGUAUUUGAUCUCCUGCUGAUUUUGAACGUUUGUCCACUGACAAAAAGAAACGAUCAGUCUAUAAUUUUAAUGGUAGGUGUAUUUUAACAGUAAGAGACAGAAUAACAAAAACAGAAAUCCAGAAAAACGCAUGUCGAAAAAGUUAUAAAUUGAUUUGCAUUUCAACGAGUGAAAUAAGUAUUUGAUCCCUUCGAUUUAGUACUUGGUAGCAAAACCCUUGUUGGCAGUCACAGAAGUCAGAUGUUUCUUGUAGUUGGCCACCAGUUUUGCACACAUCUCAGGAGGGAUUUUGUCCCACUCCUCUUUGCAGAUCCUCUCCAGGUCAUUAAGGUUUCGAGGCUGACGUUUGGCAACUCGAACCUUCAGCUCCCUCUACAGAUUUUCUAUGGGAUUUAGGUCUGGAGACUGGCUAGGCCACUCUAAGACCUAAAUGUGCUUCUUCUUGAGCCACUCCUUUGUUGCCUUGGCUGUGUGUUUUGAGUCAUUGUCAUGCUGGAAUACCCAUCCACGGCCCAUUUUCAAUGCCCUGGCUGAGGGAACAAGGUUCUCACCCAAGACUUGAAGGUAUAUGGCCCCAUCCAUUGUCCCUUUGAUGCGGUGCAGUUGUCAUGUCUCCUUAGCAGAAGAAUACCCCAAAAGCAUAAUGUUUCCUCCUCCAUGUUUGACGGUGACGAUGGUGUUCUUGGGGUCAUAGGCAGCAUUCCUCCUCCUCCAAACACGGACAAGUGAGUUGAUGCCAAAGAGCUUGAUUUUGGUCUUAUCUGACCACAACACUUUCACCAAGUUCUCCUUUGAAUUAUUCAGAUGUUCAUUGGCAAACUUCAGAUGGGCCUGUAAAUGUGUUUUUUUUUUUUUUUUAGAAGGGGGACCUUGUGGGCGCUGCAGGAUUUCACGGCGAUGUGUGUUAUCAAUUGUUUUCUUGGUGACUAUGGCCCAGCUGCCUUGAGAUAAUUAACAAGACCCUCCUAUGUAGUUCUGGGCUGAUUCCUCACUGUUCUCAUGAUCAUUAAAAAACUCCAUGAGGUGAGACCUUGCAAGGAGCAUCAGACCAAGGGUGACAGUUAUUUUGUGUUUCUUCCAUUUGCGAAUAAUUGCACCAACUGUUAUCACCUUCUCACCAAGCUGCUUGGCGAUGAUCUUGUAGCCCAUUCCAGCCUUGUGUAGGUCUACAAUCUUGUCCCUGACAUCUUUAGACAGCGCCUUGGCCAUGGUGGAGAGUUUGGAAUCUGAUUGGUUACUUCUGUGGACAGGUGUUUUUAUACAGGUAACGAGCUAAGAUUAGGAGCACUCCCUUUAAGAGAGUGCUCCUAAUCUCAGCUCGUUACCUGUAUAAAAGACACCUGGGAGCUAGAAAUCUUGCUGAUUUGAUAGGGGAUCAAAUACAUAUUUUACUCCUUGACAUACAUAUCAAUUUAUAACUUUUUUGACAUGCGUUUUUCUAGAUUUGUUUGUUGUUAUUCUGUCUCUCACUGUUAAAAUACACCUACCAUUAAAAUUAUAGACUGAUCAUUACUUUGUCAGUGGAUCAAAUACUUUUUUCCCUCACUGUAAGCAUAUUAUCAGUCUUCACAAUAUCUGGAUUUAAUGUGAUUCCUGGACUGGUCUGAAUGACAGAGUGCUGAAGAGAAGCAGGCCAAGGACAAAGAAGCAUAGAAUUCACAGAAUUGAUGAUGCCAAGCCGGGUCAAAGAUGUUGGGAACGGGAUAAUCAAAAAAGAGCUAAAGCAAAUAGCAGGGAAUCGAACGAAGGCAGAAGUACAUAUUAUUGGAAUCACAAAUAAAAUUACAACAGGGCUCUAACUCAUGGUUGUAUCAUUUCACCUUGCCCAAAACAUAUAUGGAUGUUGGACUAUUGACUUCUAAGACAGGACACAGGGAGAAUGACACACGUACUGAUACAAGUUGCUUACACCAGCUUCAGAAAUGACACAGGAAUGACUGGUUUAGGAGACACCAUGCAAGCAGCCACAGCUAACCUUACAAUCAUGAAUGCAGAUGCCAAGUUUAUAGAUAAUGAAAGUCCUCACAAUUAUACCCCAGGAUAUGUUUUAUAUUUUAACAAAUGAGAAAAGUACUAAAAACAUUAUUUUUGCCUGUGAGAAAAAUGAGAGGCAAUUACAGUGUAUCUUUCUUAGUUAAACAAUUUCAAAUUAUUCCUUAUUUUUAUAUAUAUAUAUAUAUAUAUAUAUAUAUAUUUUAUUUUAUUUUUCUUUGGGGAGUGCAGUGUUAAAUACAUGCUCAAAAUAUGACAGGCAUUUAACAUGAAGUAUUAUCAGAAAAAUAUGCUUAAAGGGUCACUAUAGGGUCAGGAACACAAACAUGUAUUCCUGACCCUAUAGUGUUAACACCACCAUCUAGCCCCCCCUGGGCCCCUCAUGCCUCCAUUAAUAUAGUAAAAAUCUUACUGUAUUCAAGCCAGAAGCUGUAGAUCUGCAUGCUGUUAGACUCAGAAAAACAAGCAGUCUGCUGACUUCAUCAGAAGUGGUCUGAUCCAAUCACAGUGCUUCCCCAUAGGAUUGGCUGAGACUGACAAAGAGGCAGAUCAGGGGCAGAGCCAGCAUGAUUCAAACACAGCCCUGGCCAUUCAGCAUCUCCUCAUAGAGAUGAAUUGAAUCAAUGAAUCUCUAUGAGGAAAGUUCAGUGUCUGCAUGCAGAGGGAGGAGAUACUGAAUCACAGGAUGCUGUGCACAGUACUGCCCUGAGCUCUGCUGACAGCAGAUCUGAGUGUAUGGAGGCAUAUUAUGCCUCCAUCAACUCCGAAGUCCCUCUGGUUCACUCUGAGACUGCAACUGGAGGUGUUCCUAGCUUUCAAUGUAAACACUAUAUUUUCUUUAAAAAUACAGUGUUUACAUGAGAAAGGCUUCAGGGAGCUAUAGUUCUCACCUGAACAACCUCAUUAAGCUGAAGUUGUUCAGGUGACUAUAGUGUCCCUUUAAAAGGUCAAGAUGUGCUGCGCCUUUUUUUUUUUUUUUUGAUGUACAGUACAAUCAAUAUUACAGAUACAAUACAUGGCAUGUCAUGAGUGGUGCACAUUUGACAAAAACUGAAAACCGUAAAACAAGAUAAACUAAACUAGGUAUACAUGUCUUCAAUUGGUAAACAAGCUUGGUGUGCAUGGAUGAACAGGGAGAUAGUAAUAAUACUACAUCAACCAUGCAUAGCUCAGGUGACGUGUAGAACAAGCUGAUAAGGCAAGAUUCUUAUUCUAUAAGCAUAAGAUAAGUUAGCUACUUGAUGAUUAACUGUUGAAUACUGUCAUCCUAUGGUAACCAUGACCCUGCUUGCAGAGUACAGGAGCACAGACAACCUAGGAGCUAUGGAUCCACUGGGUGUACAUUAUAAAAAGAGCAGAAAACAUAAAGCAAAGAAACUCAAAACAACAGAAAGCCCUGCACUAUUAAACAGGAUGGUGUAAAGAGUUCGGUCGGAAUGGGAUCACCCAAUACCACAAGCAUCCCUCAGGCAGUCCAUUUUUGCACCUACUUUAAGGUCACCUCUCUCUCACAUAGACCCCCAGUCACAGCUAUGUUUCGUGCCGAUGGUCUGUGGGAGGUUUGCAGGCUUCAUCUCUCUGUGGCUUAACCUGAAGGGGAACCAGAAGUGUACUCUUAGGAGUCCACUCAGUGUGAUCCUGGGUCCCAGGGCUAUGCGGUUUUUGGGGAGACUUCUGGCUGCUUGAGUGGCUAGGUGGACGCACCUCUGUGCUGUAGGCGCCUCCAGAAAGCUUGGCAAAUUUGCUUAAAACGGAUUUCGAAGUGCAGUCUCCAUUGCUGGAGCUCUGGCCCUUCUAUAGUUUGCUGAGAGUGCAGCGUGGCGGCCAUCUUAGGCGCAUUGGGCUACUCGCCGCUCGGCAAGAAAUUCCCUUUUUGCAGGUGAGUGUGAUUCCCCACCGGGGACCAGGAUAUCUCCUCCACCAGUUCAGCGGGGGGAUAGCGGGAGAACAAGAGAGCUGCUGCGCGGUGCGGACCCCGCGUCGGGAGAUCGGCUGCCUCCCCCAACAACCCGGCCACUUUCCGUGCUAGACCUCAAAGGCAGGCCGCGGCAAUAAUAGCUGCUUGUGUGGCACCAAAAAGAUCAGCGUCACUUUGCCUGUCUUCUGGUGGCCCGUUUUUAGCUUUUCAGGGCUUGUUGUGCUGUUUUUUUCUCUGUAUUUAUAAUGCAGAGCAGGAGCUGUGCCUACAAAUGUCUGCUCAGCUCAUCGUUCAGACCCCGCCCCCCCACCCAUAUGAUUCUUAACAGCAGGAAGAUUUUUACAUGUAAAUGUGCUUGUAGUACAUAAUAGCCUUUUGUGAUCACAAUGUUGACUACAAAUGUCAACCACUGUGUUCAUUUAUAUCUUCCAUUAACAGUGACUAUAUAGGAAAAAACUAAAAAUGCAAUACAGCCGUCUUAAAAUAGGCCAAUAGUUUGCUUUGAACAGCACAUACAGAAUCACUUUGAUAUAGCUUUGUAAGACCAGCAGCCAAUAGAUAUUUUAUUUAUUUAUGAGCUUACACAUUGGUUUUGUCUGCAUAACAGUCCUCUUCUGGCUUGCUAAUUUUGCCUCGUUCACUUGAAACAAUUAAAAAAUAUAGUGAAAGAUAAUGAUGUUUUCUGCCAGUGAUCUAGGCCAUACCAGAAGCACAAUUAGAGGAUCUUGCUUUUGCAAACUUUACCUCUCUGCAUCUUCUGCAUGCUACCUGGUUUUGUUAAUUCUCCCUGUUGGUCUUUUACUGCGAAAAGUUUUCAUACGCCAUCUAGUCAGCUACCUCCUUCAGUACUGUUUGCAGAAAACCUACCAUGGCUCAACUGACCACUUCAGUUUAACUUUUUCUGAGACAAACUAUUAUGACAUCAUUGCUUUCUCCUUCCUUUGUUCUGUUUCCCACUAGUGUACACCUGUCAUCCUGAUAUAAUCUUGUGCUUUUGAUGUUCACAAUUGUCUAAUCCUGUCUGAUAUUUCUGUGUAUUGCAUUGGCAAUUGUCUAUUAAUUAAAAGGACACAAUAGUCACCAAAACAACUUUAGCUUGAUAAAGCAGUUUUGGUGUAUAGAUCAUGCUUCUGAAGUGUAACUGCUUAAUUUUCUGCCACUUAGGAGUUAAAUUACUUUCUGCUUAUGUUUAUGCUGCCCUUGCCACACCUCUCCUUACUGUGACUGACACAGCUUACAUGAAAGCAAAAUGGUUUAAUUUUUCAAUCAGAUGUAACUUAUUUAAAAAAAACAAAAAAAAAACUUUUAUCUUCUGCUCUGCAAAUUGAACUUUAAUUACAACAGCAAGCUAUUAACAGAGCAGGAGACAUGACAUUCUAAAUUAAACAUUAGUUGCAAUAAAGGAUGUGUAAACAUUAGAUCUCUCUUUACAGGAAGUGUUUAGGAAAGCUGUGCAAGUCACACGCAUAGAGGCGUGCCUAGGGCUGCAUAAACAAAGUGAUUUAACUCCUAAAUGGCAGGGAAUUGCGCAGUAAGACUGCAGGGGCAUCAUCUAAACAACAAAACUACUUAAUUAAGCUAAAGUUGUUUUGGAGACUCUAAUGUCCCUUAAAUAUAUAUAUGCAUAUAUGUGCACUCCGACAUCUCCUUAAAGUACUUGUGAUUUAAUAUGUUAUAAAAAUCACAUUUACAUAAAUGUGGACGAUCAAAUACACACGCGCGCACGCGUGUGUGUGUGUGUGUGUGUGUGUGUGUGUGUGUGUGUGUGUGUGUGUAUAUAAUUUAUUUAUUUAUUUAUUUUUUUAAAGUAAGGAAGUCAGGCACUCUACCUGUGAAAAUUUGUUGAGAUGAACCUCGGUGCUGCACAGCGUGGAUAAAUACGAGAUGUUGAAAAGAGCACUCCAGAGGAUUUGUUUAAUGAGCUUUAUAUGUGAUUUAAAAUGAUCAACGUUUCGACCCAAGAGGUCUUUGUCAAGAUGUGAGUACAAGUGAGUAAAUUAUAUAUAUAUAUAUAUAUAUAUAUAUAUAUAUAUAUAUAUAUAUAUAUAUAUAUAUAUAUAUAUAUAUAUAUAUAUAUAUAUAUAUAUAGCAUAAAUUGUAAAAAUAGUCACUUACCCAGUGCAGGUGUGACCCCAAGAUCCCUGAGUGAACGCUGUGCACGUGUGACGUCGUCAUACCGUGAAUGAUAGGUCGGGAAGGCGUCUGGUUGGCAUAGUGACGCGGUAUUAGAAAAUAAGUGUAUGUGAAGUGUGCAUUUCAAUCAGAGUAAAAUAUCAAUAAAAUGAGCAAGGAGGAAAUACAGAAAGAGUGUACAAAUGGUAUAUACACAACUGAUCUGUCAGAUUGUAAAAAAAAAAAAAUAUUAAGUGGAAAGCCCAAACCAAUUGAAUAACGAAUGAGUGAUUGAAAGGGGAUGUGAUCGUGAGUGACUAUUUUUACAAUUUAUGCCAUAUAUAUAUAUAUAUAUAUAUAUAUACUCAGUUGUACUCACAUCUUGACUAAGACCUCUUGGGUCGAAACGUUGAUCAUUUUGAAUCACAUAUAAAGCUCGUUAAACAAAUCCUCUGGAGUGCUCUUUUCAACAUCUCGUGUGUGUGUGUGUGUGUGUGUGUGUGUGUGUAUAUAUAUAUAUAUAUAUAUAUAUACACACACACACACACACACACACACACACACACACACACACACACCAGCAUUAAUUCUUUUCAGGAAUUUGAGCUACAGUCGCUCUUCUGUGAUCGUACAAGACUGGCUAGCCACGUGCAUCAGUGAACUUUGGACACCCAUGACUCUGAUGCCGGUUCAUUGGUUGUCCUUUCUUGCACCACUUUUGGUAGGUACUAACCUCUGUAUACCCCACAAGACUCGCCAUUUUGGAGAUGUUCUGACCCUUCACUGUGAACCCUUAUCAAAGUCACUAAUGUCUCUUCGCUUGUCCAUUUCAUUUGUUUCCAACCCAAGAAAUUCAAGAACUGACUGUUCACUUGCUGCCUAAUGUAUCUUGACUGGUGCCAAUGUAACGAUAUAAUCCGUGUUAUACACUUCACCCGCCAGUGUUUAAAUGUUGUGGCUGAUUAGUGUAUGUAUUUUUUUUAAGUGUGUGUAUCUAUACUGAUAUAAUGUAUAUUUUCUUAAAAGGCAAGUCAGGCCCAAAUAUAAGUACAGUGAUAAACAUUUAAAUUUAUUUUUUACCGAAUUGUGGAUUUCAACAUUUUAAACCAAAGUAACCAAACCGAAAACAUUUUUCACAUUUGCCUAUUUUAACCUUAAAUUUUUAAUUCUCUUUACAUUUCUGAGAAUUCAUUCUUCAGUGAUUUGGAGUGGUAAUGGUGCCUGGAGUCUGUAUGUGCAGCAAUUCGCUUUGAAAAAAAGUGUAACUCCUCCUCCGGCACUGCCAUAGGGGUGCCAUUCACAAACUAAUUUUCAUUGCACAGAAUGACAGCCAUUGGCUGAUAUGAUAGGGGUCAACUGAAGCUCUCUUGUCACUGGGCAACCAGCAAGCAUUGGAGCUUGGGGGGAUCCAGGUUAAGGGGACAAAGUGUUGUUAAACAGCAAACACCAGUACUGGGGGAACAGAGCCAGUGUACUCCUGGCUUCAUAACCACUAAAGAAUGUUGUUGUGUUUAUAAUGCUUGGAGUAACUUUUAAUGAAUAACUUGUUGAAGUAUUAUUCAUUAGUCUUGGAAAUUUCUUACAAAUGUAAAGCCAAAUAGCCAAACUGGAAAUAAAUUUUAAAAAUUUAAAUAUCAUUGAUUCCUCUCUGAUAGUUCCCAGCUUGGCUAUUGUCACCUAAAAUUUGCUGUUCACUUUACAGCUCUUUUUAAGUUGGAGUUGGAGAUUUUUAUUUUUUUAUUUAAUUUUUUAUAAAGCUGCUGUUUUGACAUAAUUUAGCAACUUGGUUAUCAGUCAGAAAUCACAGCAGUUCUACCAUUAUCUUCAGCACUUUACCAGUAGCUUGAGACCCGUCUCCGACCCAUGUUUACAUAUUAAUACAAUCGCGAAUACAUCCUACUGGGCAGCUUUCUUCAUCUUACAAGGGUCUGACUAUAUUUUUUACAACUUGACUAUUUUGGUCUAAAGUUUAUAAUUCCCUUGGCAAGUCUCCACAAUUCAUGAUUUAGCAAAUAAAUUCCUUGGUAAACCUUCCAAAUGAUGGAAAAAGAAGCAAGUUAACGUACUUUCACUACAGUGCUAACAGCAGCAUGACUUAUUUAUCUAUUAAGGCUAUUAUUUAGAUUUUGAGGGAGUGUGGUUUAUACCACUAGUAUUAGUACUUAGAUGAACUUAAAUAUAAAACCUGACCGUAUACCCUGUGUUGGUUCAGCAUAGCUCUCUAGAUUUAGACUAGUCUGCAGUCAAUAUGCCUACCUAUGCGGGAACUUGUAAAGCUGUGUAGUUCAGGUCUCUGUGUGUCUUUGUUCUUGUACUCUAUGUCCAAUGUCUGCAUAUAGGACAUCUUCCCAGCAAUAAUUAUUUGAACAAAUCAGCUUAUCAAGAUCUAAAUUCAAAUAUUAUAAUCUUGCAAACUACACGGUUAAUAGGAAAACGACUCUUUAUUUAAACUAUUCCAUAGAUCCUGCACAGAGUAUUGAAUAUAAUACAACAGCGUCAAAUCGCCAAUAGACUUGCGAGAGCCAUGGGGCUGAAUGACACUUGCUGACCUGGCUGGGUGUAGAAUUGGGGGCAAUUCAGGACUACAAUUAACUAGCAGCACCUCUGGCUGUGAAUUAAUAGUUGCUCGAACAAUAUUUCCCUCCCCCUCUGUCACCAAUGCAGGGAAAGUGGUGAGUGCCUUGCGGAGGGCUAUCCAUCACUCACUGACCAGAACUUCCGUAAUUAGUGCAUGUUAUGGGCUUGUGCUCCAGCGAUUCAGAAGCUGGCACUCCAGUCGCAGCCAAACUUCUUUGGAGUAAAACUCGCAGAUGAUUUAUCCAGCGGCUGUGCAGGGACAUGGAGCAGGGGGUGGCAAGACGGCUGUGAAGUGUAAGCGAAGGUUCGCUCAGGCCCGGCUGGGACUUCCAUGCAUCAAACUCAGGCAGCCAAUGCACACACAGCUUGUGCGAGAGCAGAAAGAUAAAUAAGGCAAUUACUGCAGCAGCAUUUGGUACAAAUCGAAAGGGAGCUAAACUGGGUCCAGCAGGCUGGGGAGAAGGGAAGCAGGGCUUUUAAACAAGAACUGUGCAAUCUUAAGGCAUGGUGAGCCGCAGACUGGUGGCACUACGGAUUCACACAGCAGCAUGUACACGAAUGUUAGACCUGAGUGUCUUGAAUCACCUACACAUAUGUAGAAUAACCAGUGACAUGUUUCUCUAAACCCUAACCUUAUUCUUAUCACUUUGUAAUUAUUCUCACUGUGCUUUGCUGGCAACUUGAUUCUCCCCUCUAUACCAUGUGCACAGCCAUUUGUUUAUUCUGUAUUGUACUUUAACAAUAUAACCUCUGUAUUUUGCCUUGGGUGCCAAGUUUGCCUUUCUUUUGAUAUCUUCCCUGUUUCCAUAUGUGUCUCCUAUCCAGGGUUGCAGAACAUGUUGGCACUUUAUAAAUAACAAUAAUAAUAAUUUGUGUCUCUCACUUGGGAUUUUACCAUGCCCAUCUCCGUAUUAUACAUUUGAUAUACUCCACCCACCACUCUGUGCCCGCUGUCACCUGUACUCUCUGUUGUAUGCCUUUGAUGUGGCCUGAUUCAGGUCAGGUCUCUGUCUUUUCAAUCAGUCUAUGUUCCUGACUCGACUGACCCUCCACAGGGGUCAUAGCCUGUGCAAACUGCCAGCUAUUAGUGUUAUACAUUAAACAUGGAGCUUCCUUGCUCCCCUCUCUAUGUGCUCGCUUUGUUCCAAACCCCAAGACACAUUCUGCUCCAGCAGCCAGUACACAUCAGAUUACAUUCAUUUGUAAUUCCUUCACUUGCACUCUCGGCCUCAUUCACAGUUACUAUACUGGUGCCUUCCUGCAAUCAUUCAAUAUCCGUGCUAGUUGCAGAAUCUGGAAUACGUUCAAAACUGUUCAUUUAUCCCGUAGAUUCUGCGACUUAACCCCCUCAUUGCCUAUAAGCUCCAGUUUGCAAAAUAAAUUAAUAAAUUGUGUACAUUUGUGAUCAUGCGAUGAGCUGUAAUUUAGUAUUAUUAUUGUUAGAAUUGAAACUCUGGCAUAUUUAGAUACUGUGAUAUGACAUCUAGGUCAAAGGAUGUUUAUCUUUACGCAUUUGAACCAGUAGAGGUAAUUAAGAAAAUUCAUGCAGCUCAUUCUCAAAUUGCUCUUAUCAUUUUUUUAUUUUCAUUUUCUUAACUCAUUCUCAGUUAUCAGCAAACUGUUCCCCAUCCCUUAUUUGUUUUCUGCCUGACUCUUAAAGCAUACUGGCAGAACGGAGAGGGCCAUAAAGGCUUCAUUAAAUUUAAUAUACAUUUUGUACAGUGAAAUAUCUGCAGGCUAAGUCUGGAGAACAUUAUAUGCUGCUCUUCACACAGCUCCAUUUCUUAAUACCUUUGCAAUUAUGGCUCCAGAUUAAUAAGAACAACUAAUGUAAUGUAAAUAGAAAGAGGUGAGGACGCAGAGCAGCCAAGGCUUCACGCUGUGCAGUUGUGCUAAUAUGGAGGAACAGUCCCUUCGAUGGCUGAAAUGAAAGAAAUGUCAGAACCAUGUUUACAGAUACAACUGUGAUGGACAUCAUUGAAGUUCAACAGUAGCAGUAGGGCCAUUUUGGCUGGCUGAGCAUUUUAGGAUUUGUCAUUUGAAAGGCGGAACGGACUUCUGCUGGGCAGGUAAAUGCAAUAAAACAGAAACAUUGAAUUUUAGCUAGUGUACGUUAACCCUUUAUACACUUCAUAAUUCCAAGAUAUUUUGGGACACCUGUGAAAACCCAAUUUUCCCAUUAAACAGUAAACAGAAACAUGGUCAAACAUGUUACAAUUUGUCCUAAAUUUUACUGUCUGUAUUUAGGAGACACUUGGGGAAGUGUGUUUUACUCUUACUUUAUUAUACUCUUCUCCAUCAAUACAUCUGAUUCUGCAGUGCUGUACAACAAAACCGAUUUUAUACAAUGUUCAACUUUAACUUACAUGGAACAACACUACAUGGGAAACCUACUAGUUUAGAAGUACAGAGUGCCCUGCAGUACAUGGUUAAGGUGGGGACAAAUGAGACUUUUUAAAGGGUUACUCGAAAUAUAAUUUAUAUUGAUUUGAAGUGGUCGUGGUGCUUGGAGUCUGUAUAACUCCCCCUUUGGCAGCGUCAUUAGCUAGCCUACUGCCCCCCGCCCCACCAGCAAGGGUACCUGCGAUCAAAUACACUGUUUUAAAGGCACACUGUAUUUGGUUGCAGUAACACCUUAAAGGACCACUGAAAUCAACCAGAACACUUCAUCUCAAUGAAGUGGUCUUGGUGGUGUGGUCCUGCAAUUUUAAGAAUCUUAAGCCUAAAUUUCAUGACAGCCACAAGAGGCGCUUCUGCAUUGAGAUCAGAGUCAAAUUUGGUUCUCAUUCAAAUACUGUUUAUAGAGCAUCAUUUGAUUGUCACAGAGUGGCAUUUUGAUGUGCAUGCCCACUAGCCUCUCAAUGUAUUUACUGCGCUCUCCAAUCUUGAGGAUAUCAUCCAAGUAGGCAGUGCAGAAGGACAAAAACUGGUGUGAAAGGGCUGGAAAUCUUGCCUAUCAAACAAGACAUGAGGGGGAACCUAAACAGGUAGAUUAAAAUUAUAUAGCGUUACAAAUACAUAUUUGCAUUUAGUGUAAAAAGCAUAUGGGAAGGUGAUGGGCUUUUCUGUUUUCAGCAAACAUUUAAACCUGUGAAAUGUGAAGAAGAGUCUGACAGAAUGAAUCCCAGAGAUUAGGUGUAGCUGAGGAAUAGUAAUGUCAACCCCAAAAAGUUUUAUGGAGGCUCUUAUGGUACGUCCAUAAAAUACUUUAGAGAUCGUCUGUUAGCCAUAAUUAUAGUGCUUUAUAAUACAUGGAUGUUACUGUAAAAAUCUAGAGAAGACUUUUACGUAUUGCAAACUAGACUUGAGGAUGGGAUUGGUUUUUGGAGGAGAAUGUCUAAUGUCUUCUUUGUUUGUUUUUAUUCUCAGCUGGCACUGGGAAGAUUUCCAUACCCACAGGUGAGAAAUAUAUUUAAAAUCAAAGAAUACACACAAUUACAUCAAAUAAUUUUUAUUAAUGUUUUAAAAUAAUAUAGUGUAUCAUGCAACAUUGGCAUAUAUAUAAUGACUUAUAAACCAUUGUCAAAACUAAACAAGCAAUCGAAUAAAAUACACAUAAAUAUUUGUAUAUGAAAUAAGUAAACUAUGUACAGAAAUAAAAUAAAGUGUCAAGUAAUUAAUACCAACAUGGUACUAAAAAAAAUAAAAAAUUAGAUGAUGGAAUUAGCUGAUAUGAGAAGAUAGCCUACUAUAAAUUUUUUGUAUCAAGGCUGGUUAGAUGGAAUUUUCUUAAAGAGACAAAGACACUGGGAUAAUGUUACAUCGAAUUCUAAUAUGUGAUUAAUUCAUUUGAAAAUUUUUAGCCAAUAAUUUUAAUUUUGGAAUACGAAUAGAACAUGUGGAGUAAUGUACCAAUUUGACCGCGGUCUCUCCAACAUUUAUCAUUUUCACUAAGGUGCAUGUUAAAAAAGUUUGGAAGGGGUUAGGUACCAUCUACAAAUUAAUUUGUAAUGGGAUUCCAAAUGGUUUGCACAUUGAGUAAUACCUUUUAACGAUAAUAAAAAUUCAUUCCACUCCUCUACUGUUUAUAACCCAACCAGCUCACUCUCCCACCUCAACAUGCAAUUGGGUUUAUCACACGAUACCUGCACAAAUAUUGCAACACAAGGAGAUGCUUUGUUUCCGACCAGGAUUUAAUAAAUAGAUUUUUUUCUAAUGUUGUCAUAUCCAAUUUCAACACAAUACACACAAUUUACAAUGUGCUUUCAAUCCAUAUUCUGCUUAUUGGAGCUGGGUCUAAAUGGAGUUAACAGACCCACAUUGUUGUAUUUUGCCUUCAGAAUACUGACCAAAUUCUUGUUCUACGCUCUGUUAAAGCUUCAUUGUAUUGUAAGUAUAAGAUAUAUGCACUACUAUUACAGGAGCAAUAAGAACGUAGACUAUAUCACAGGACUGACCAAACUUCUACUCGUGUUGGUCCAUAAAGGAAAACUCACAUUUUUUUAUAGUAUAUUUACUUAUAAUAAAUAAUAUAAUGUUUACGCCAACCACUUUUUAGAACGCUGCAUAUCCAAAGAUAUUUGGUCUUUGUGCUGGGGGUUAAUGCACCCCAGGCAUACAUGGCUUAGCCAGCCUGGAACUCUGUUCCGGACUACCUAAUCUCAAUUCUGUGCAAUAAAUGUGUCUCUUCUGCACGUGCUGGCGACAGGCAUUGUCAGCUCCUCCCCUUGCAGGGAGCGCUCUUGCAAGGGGGUGCUUGAUCUAACCUUCCUCUUUUACUGGAGCACUACCUACCACACCCUCCCCCUCUCCCCACUCCUUUUUUUUUUUUUUUAUAACUCCUCCCUCCUCUGGUUCAGAGUUUGCACAUUCGCUCUGAGCCGGAAGAACGGUCCAGUCAAAUGCUUCUCAAUGAGCGAGGCAUGGAAUCAAGUGAUUCCUGGUAAGUAUUUCUUUCCUUUACAAGUUUAUGUGGAAUAGGGCAUUCUACACUUGUAAAUCCAGUCCUUUUAUAAAGGGUUGGAGUAACCAUUUAAUAAAAUAUUUGUGAAGUGUGAAAAAUUCAUGUAGAAAUCCACACCUCUUUAUCCUGCAUCUUGACUCCUCCAUCUUAGCUCCCUGUCAAUCAUUGUUAUAAACUGUCUUUUGCACCUGGUUGUUACCAGAGAGAAAGCUAACGGAGAAGAGGAGAAAUUAAACAAUGUUUAUUUCCCCUCCUGGUUUACAAUGUUUACCUUCAGUUUGCCUUGUCUGAAUUUGAUUAUGAAAUAAUUUGCAAAAUAUUUAAUAUAAAUGUAAACUAAAAAUAGUCAGCUCCUGGGAAAAAAAUGUAAACAAAUGAAAGGUGAAUUUCUAUAUUUCAUUCAAUUUAGUGAAUUCCAGAGUUUGUAUUCUGUGAUUUUGCACCUGUCUACAGCAGUUUAAAUUCAACAUCCCUCCCACCAGAUAAAGCAGGAUAUUAUGUGCCCAUCCAGGGAUCCCUCACCCUGGGAAAAUACCGAGCUGUUGGUGGGUGAAUAUGCUGGCGUCUUGUCCGUGCCCCCAGGCUUUCUUGGGUUAUUUAUAGAGUGGGGCAGGCAGAGCACCUCAGGCAGCUAUUAACAGCCUAUUAUAAUGCAAAUAGCACAAUCGCAGCUUGGGACCCUGCAUUAUAAGCAAAGACUGCCCAUUUAUACCAUCUUGAUGUCAAUGUACAAUGGUCUUCCAGCGCACUAACAGAAUUGAUAAAAUAUUUUAUAAAAGGAAGUUGAAGGUGUGUGUGGUAUUGCAUUUAAGUGUAGCAAAUUCCCCUUUACUGUAAUAAUUAACAAAUCACACAGAAAAAAUAAAAGCCUCUUGGUUCCCUUCAUUGCAGGCAUACCCUUUGCAUUAUGUGGAGGUCCAUUCUCCUGUCUGCAGCCUGCUGCUAUCCUAACCCCCUUACUGCAGCGCUGGCCGGCACUGUGAUAUCAACCAGCCAAAUUCAGCUGCGAUUUAAUGAAAAUGACAUGGAACACACAGCCACACAAUGCAUGCGUCACAGAGUCACUUUAUCCCCCUGUUUUACUGAACAGGAUUAGAUUGUGAGCCUUAUAAGACUAGACACAAACAGGUUACAUGAGGUGACUGUUGUUAUUUAAAGAAUAUCCACAAAGUGAAGAGUUAUUUUAAGGAUAAGGAAACCGGUUUGGUUCCGGUUCCUGAGAGUAGCCAAUAAAUGAAAAAGAAAAUUCCCCCGAGAAGGUCUGAUCAGAUAUGUGAGAGGAUUUUGUCUAUUAUAGUCGAGCUGCCUGCCUUUUCACACGCCAUUAAUUCAUUACUUCUAUCUUUUCAUUUCCAAAUUUCAUUUUUCUUUUUCUUCCCCCCCUACCCAUUCCCCUUUUAAAAAAGAAUCCGAGCUGCCCCUCCCUUCAUUCUGCCCCCUGCUGCUACCUCAGUCCUCUCUGCGCUGUUAAUUUUCUUGGCUCCAUAUGGAGUAACAGCGAUUUUACCUGGAGGCUAAAUGAGAUUCUGCUGCACAUCCCCAGGCCAGAGCUAUGAGAUCAGUUUCCCGGUGCCCGGUUGUGCCAGGCUCCCUGAGUGGCAGAGCACAAGUAAAUUGAGUGCAUCUGCAAAACUCGUGUAACAUCUUGUAUUUAAUGGGCGCCUUUUCGUUUCCAAGCACUUUACACCCUCCUUAUAGGUUUAUUCUGGCAGCAGCAAUACUCCUUGUGAUCAGAGAUGAUCUCUCCCAUACUGCUUUCUCAGUCACACAUACCUCACGGAGCAUCAUGGGAAAUGUAGUUGCUAGUUGUUAUAGACUAUAUAAUUAAAGUGUAAGCAUUUUAGAUCGGGCAUUCUCUGACAUUAAGCGUAUUGUUUUUUUACAGCAAGCUCUUUUACUUUUUUUUUUAAAAUCAUUUUUUACUUGGGCAUUUUAAUCAACAUGAAGUGUUCAGCAUAUCCCUUUUUGGUCACUGACAAUAGCACCACUGAUCCCUAGGUUGCAUAACUAUUAACUGCCCUUCAUGUUCCCUCUAGAAAUCUUUGUGGUGUUUGGCAACAUCUUGAAGGAAUGAUAGUAGUAUCUAUGAUAGCCAAUGCCGGUUGAAUUCCAUAUGGAUGUAGUAACAAUUACCAACAGUGUCACCAGCAAGGCACCCCCAGAUCUUGAAACGGUCUCUUCUGUUGACAUUGGGAAUCACACCUGUGAAAAGCAUAUGCUAACUGUUUUUGUGUGUUACAGCUUCUAGGCAGCUCACCCCAAAAUUUAACAUUUUGAUUAUUCCCACAAGACCAACUUUAACUCGUUGGAUGCAAAGAUUCUUCUUUUUUCUUCUGGUUCUGUUGAAGUAAUUCUUCCAUUAGGACUAGUUUCAAACAGAUUGCUAUGAAGAGAUGAUUUUAAUACACCUGUAUUUUUAGUAACAUUUAGCUACCUAUUAUUUCCAGGUGAUCCAUAACUGCACUUAUCUGAGGUUACAGUUGACUUCUCCAUUAACCAUAAUUAGAACAGCCAUCUGGUUAGAUGUUUUUGGCCACAACAUGUUGAAGUACUUGGUUAAUUAGGUGUCAUGCUAGUUAACUAGAAUGGCACUUAACUUGCAUAAACCAUCAUUACUGAACAUGCCUUCAAGGUGGUUGCCACAAACCUAUUUUUUUGGAUGUACGUUGUAGUGUUAAUUCUUCUUUUGGCUUUCUCUGGAUGUUAGCAAUGCUCUUUAGUAGAGAUCUGCUCCCAUGACAUAAUUUGUGUUUCUCUAGGGCAGGGGUAGGCAACCUAUGGCACGUGUGCCAUGCACAGCACUUAAAGUGUCUUUGCACGGUGCUCAAGGCUGCUAGAACUAAACAGACCUCUCUCUCCUAUCAGGAAUCCCAGUGAAACUUCAGAUAUCUGCUAAAUCUGCUAAUACGAAAAGGUGGCAAAGGACAAUCCUCAAUUUAUGCAUUGCAGCACAUAGAGGAAGUGAUUUCAGAUCACUUAAUUCGAGCACUUGUGAAUGGGAAUCCACACUGGAGUAGAGCAGCCCACAGCUGUUGUUGCAGCUCCUGUCCUUGACCUGUACCUGGCUAGCCUGAUCCCCACUGGAACCCAGGGAAGCCACCCACACUGCUAGAUAUACACAGAAAUGCAGAAUAACCCUCCCCUCAUACAAAUAAUACGAACAGCCCACACACAAACAUACACACAAUUCGCACAAACUCAGCACCACUAACAAUCAACAUACAUCCACACAACCCCAUAUGCAGCCUCUCACAUGCAAUACCCCAAACAGCCCCUCACAUACACACUACCAAACACACAAUGUGACAUAUCCACACACAAUUCCACAAGCAGCCCCCAUACACAGCCCACAUUCAUAGGUAUCAUACACAACACCACAAACUACUUGUGAACAUAUACAAUAUAAUAGCUCAUAUACGCACAAAUACAACGAUACAAAGCAACUGCAGUAUAAAUACCACAAGCAGAAUACGGCAACAUUCACACUUAAAAAAUUUUUAAAAUAGGACCGGCACGCUACGGGACGUCACAAUCUUAUUUUGGCACAGUGCUGCUAAAAGGUUGCCUACCCCUGCUCAAGGGUGUAUGUUUGGCUUAUGGCUUUGCUGCCAAUUAAGAAUAUUAUUAGUUCAUCUCCCAUCUUCUGGAUUGGUUUUGGGACCCAGAGAAAGAUUCUAAGUGAGGUUCUAAGUGAGGUUCUAUUGGCAUCCUUGUGAAGCCUCCUUGGGAGGGCUCUCUUAUAGCUCUGGUAAAGGAUUUGGGGGUGCCUCUCCAGGCAAAGCCUCUAAUAACAACACAGACUAAUUCCAGCCCAGCCCCAUGUUGUGAUUAAUUUGCAUUCUUUGUCAGAAGUUAAUGGAGUUUUUUAUGACUGCUUCUGAAGAGCUGAUCUGCUGUUUAUACACUUUACCAGCGGAAAUCCUCGCCCUCCCCCGCACUGAUUGAUGGAGACACUCUCUGUUUCUCCAAACGGCUUUUUAAGCUGUUUUUAAGAAUUAUUUGAAUAAAAUGCAAGCGUGCAUCAUAUUGGGGGGGGGGGAGGGGGGUAGAAGGGAAAAUUAUCUGAUGAACAAGAUAGAAGAGACCUAUAACAGAGCCCAGUGGGAAGAAGAAUGAUCAAAAGAUGAAAGAGAUAAGAGUGUGCAACGGAGAAGUGGGAGGCAGGGUGAAGACAUCUAUGUCUGAAGAUUGGGUCUUUUACUUCCUCUUAUUUUUACCCUGCUACAUAGCUUCUCAUGACUCCCAAACCUCCAGCACUGAAACAAAAGAUUAGAACCCUCUUUACAUCGUUACCUUAUGAGUGCAAGUGUAUAUCUCUCUUCUGGUACAGUACAGAAAAUCAAUUUAUCUUCUAUCUACAGAGAAUGGAGCACAUCUGGGGAACUGUCAUUCUACCACAAAAUGCGUUGGGGUACAAAACCAUAAACUGUUAGAAUUAAUUAAUAUAAUAGUUUUUAUUCUUUUUGAUCCAACUGCAAGAAUUUGGGAAUUGUCAGGUAGUUGUUGUGGUCUCAUUUUUGUCUGCAGCUAAAGUAUUGUGUGUUUGUGUAACUAAGUAGUAAGAUGAAAACAAAAAUCACAUUAUGAACAUACAUUCUCUUGGGCUUCUGCUUAAUAUGUCGAAACGGGCUGUUUAAAUAGCAUCAGUGCUAAUUGUAGCACUAUAAUAUUUUGACACAAUGGAUGCAGUAACAUUAAACUUAACAUACAACAUAUUUAGGCCACUGCAAAUUAUAAAAAUAUUACAUAAUUUCAGUUUAUAAAAAACAAAAUGUGUGUCCCAGAAGCAUAUUAAAAUCUGACUUAUAUUCACAUACUGAUCUACAUGCGCACAGCAAAAAAUGUACAGAUCCAAACUAAAAAAACCUAAUAAACAAAUUGAUUAAAACAAUAAAUCUGCCUCAGAUUUAAAUAUUUUACAAAUUUUGACAUUUUGAGAACCCUCUUAAGCAAAAGCCAGCUUUCUUUAAAUGUAUUAUGCACCUUUCCAUCAGCCUCCAGUUUAGGUACCUUGUUCUUUUAGAAAGGGAAUUCUGAGAUUGCUAUGUAAUCCAUCAUCUUAAUUUUCACCACCAUUUUAAUUAUUGCUUAAAACCAAACUUUCUAUUUACCAACUUUACCAUUUUGGCUCAAAUAAUGCAAUGCAAUUGUCUACCCUUUUUUUUUUUUUUUGUUCUUAAAUCUCAGAAUUGACUUAUAAGUCAUCACCAUAACCCUAACCAGACAUUAAUUUAGUUUAAGUUAUUUCUAAUCUCACGGAUAUCUUGCAUAGAACAUUCUGUGCCACGAAUAUUUGCUAUAGGUCUUUGGGCAGAGUUCUCUAUACUUUUUGUACCUGUAUGUCUAUUUGUCUGUAAUCCCACCUGUGAUCUGAUGCUCAAAUGUGGAAAGUGUUCUCAAUACGUGUAAGAAUAAAAUAAUCUGUCAAACAUCAAUCUUCACCAGAUAUCAGCUUCAUCACAAAGCCCACCUAACUGGAGAGAGCUACCCUGUGACGAGUAAUUUACAUCUGCAGUAAACUAUCGCCUUUUCCAAGCUUGGCCCUUCACAUCACACACCAGAUCCCUGUCCCAUUACAGAGAUAUAAUUAAAGUUUGUGUCUCCCAGCCAGAAAUUAGGAAGGGGUGACACGCCAGGCCAGUCCUGGCAGGCGGCCAGAGAUUCUAAUUUCUGACGAUGAUUUAAUUUCAAUUUUAAAUAAAUCGUUUUUUAAUUUAAAAAGAGCGAGUUUCCUCACAUUAGCGAUGAUUGCCACAUUAAGCUCUGCGCUCACGAUGGAGCCGCAUAAAACAUUAUUUAUACACGGAGCGGAAACGGCUCUGCCUCUGAAAUGGAUUAUGCUUUUUUUUUUUUCCUCUUAUUUUUUUUUUUUUUCCCCUCCCUCUUCUAAUAUAACCUGGAGGAUACUAAAAAGUGUUUGUAGUAAAUUAGCAUUCUGCCGACUUUCACCCAUAAAUGAGAGAAGAGCUAUUAACACUUGUGUAUUUUCAUUAUGUAAAUUGUGUUAACACAUGCCCACAAAUUGCCACCAGCAAGACAAUCAUUUUCUCCCAGUGAUCAUAAUGGGUCCUAGUGAGAUGGUUUGAUUAUGACAUGCUAAUUACAUAUUGCCUUUUUCCCCCCUCUGCUCUUUUAUUUAUUUAUUUUUUCUCUUUCCUAUUUUUUUUUUUCUUUUAACAAUAUUUAAUUUUUUUUGCCCCCUUUCCUCCCCAGAUUCAGAAAAACCAUGGAUCUCUUAUGGUGAGUCUUAUAUGCUCAGGCAAAGGGGGAGCAGAGCAAACAGGGCGUAUUGGGAGGGGUUGGGGGGGCCAUUGAAAAAAAAAAUCACUUUUCUCUUUUUCCUGAUGGCUGAUUCUUUCUGCAUGCUCCACUGCCUUGUUUUAAACUUUGCAAAUUGCAUUUUGAAGAAAAAGCAAACAUUUAACUGCCUGUAUUAGAUUAGGUACCAUUAGAAAUAAUAGCAAUGCUCCAACAUCAAUGUUUUUAUAAGAGCUCUCUGCUGUUGAUUAAUCUUGCUAUUUUUAUUGCAUUAAUGGUGUUUUUGUGUCUCUUAUGACUCUACUGUAGAGAUAUUGCAUAUAGGUUAAUACUUGUCUCUCUCUCUCUCUCCGCAGCCGCUCCAGAUAUUGCAAUGUAUUGUUGAUGAGGUGAGUCUCAGACUUAUGUGCUUUCGCUCCUAAAGUCAUUCCUAAUGGAGUGGAAAGCUUAUAUUUUGUUUCCUAAUGAAGCACAAUGGACGACACCCUCUGAGAGAGUUCAUUGGCAAGGCUUGAAGCUGUUUAACAUGGCUUGGCCUAUGCACUCCCCAGCCCCCUCCUUUCCUGAGCCCCCUGUAGUCUUAUCUUAGCUGCUGUAACCGGACCCACGGACAAAGCUAAGGAAUAUUAAUUGGGGCUCAUCCUUGCCUGCUGGGGAUAUGCAUAGAGGGGCAACUUCAUAUUGAGCUAGUAUUAUAUGCAUACAAGACAUUGGGGUUAUUUAAUGGAAUGCUGUUUAAUGGGAAGUACAGGACUGCAUGGCAUUUUUUAUAAUGUAUGUGUGUGUGUAUAAUGAACUUGUUUACAGUGUGUAUUUGUAAAGAAAGGUGCAUGGGCUGCAUGCAGAGGGACAGUGGUUUGUGAGCAUUGAUGAGCAGUGUGUGUAUAUUCAGGAGUUAGCAAUUUGCAUUUACAAGGGGAAUGUGGUUAGAUCUUGGGUUGCCAUAGUUAUUUAGCGUUAUGUAGAAUGCCAUUGAUAUCACCGUGGAGUUUGCUUCUCUAAGCAGUGAGUAGGGGUUACCAUACACACUGAGCAAAGACCUGUUGAUUACACAAAUGGUCCUUGCACCGUGAUCAAACAAAAUCAUGGAGUGGGUCAGAGCAAAAGCUUUGUAUCACUAUGCUGCAUUCCCCACCUGCUCACUGCUUUAUCCCAGCAUCCCUUAUAAUGUUAUGAUAUCUAUAGCCCCUCUGGGCUUAUUAUACCAAACAGCGCUGUACUGUCUUAGCUGCAGUUAUGUGUUUGUGGAAAGCGUUGCUUGGCUUGUAAUUUCCACGUUGCUGUAUGUGGAUUUAUUUUGCUCCUUUUGUAGCAUUGGAUGAACCGUGUUCUGUUAAUGUGGGAAACAAAUUUAAAUAAAAAAAAAAAACCUUAAUAAGGGUUCCUACUAAUUGUUCCUAAUGUAAUUACAGCUUUUCUGAUAAUUGGGCCACUGCAAUUAUCUGUAUAUUUACUAAUCAGUUAGCAGCGUGAUGCUGCCCCUGUGACUGGUAGCUGUCUGCCACUGCUUUUAGGAGGUGUGCUUAAAGCACAUGCACAGGGGAAGGAAGGGUGUUUGGAUAUUCUCCAUUAUCACUUUGAAUGCUAGAGACAGACACAAAAGCAACACUUGCAUCACCUCUUUAGCACUCAAAGAGUUCAACAUCAGUUUUGACAUGACAUUUUUAACCCCGUCCCCAAUGCGAAGCUGUUUUAAAAGUGAUCGCAUGUUUAAUACAUAAAACAGAGUCGUGUUAGCUGGUUCGAUCUAGAAAAUACAUUUACUAGAAUAUGAUAGCAGAGUCACUUGUAUUUUCUUUGACCCCGCUGAUAAAGAUGUUUCGCACAAUGAAUGACUAUUGUUUAGAUAUUUGUUCUUCGUUUACUAUUCUUGUCGCAUUACUCAUGUUUCCAUGAAAUGAUGAUGGAUCUAUCUGUUGCUUUUUCGUACCAGGACUCACCUGUUCUUCCUGUGGGGGAAUUCUCCGAGCCCUUUGUACACUUUAUUACUCAGUGGUAAGAGACUUGGAAGAUAGGAGGAUACCUGCUUUAUUAUCAGCUUUUUUUAAGUGUACAAUUUGCCCUUAUUAAUGAUACAUGUACAUAAAAAAUAAAUAUAUUCUUCUCUCUGAUCUGUUUACGUAGUGAACAUCUUAUGCUUGUGCUGUUUGAUUCAUCAUUUACAAGACAUGCUGUCUGUUUGAAGCUCUAAUCUGACACUUCAGGAUAGCUUCUCCCCCAGGGAAUGCUGCCCUAUUAAACAACAUCAACUGAAUUCCCAGUCAUAUCAGUGGCAAUGGACCAUUUGCCUACUUAUAGUGUAUUACUGUGCCUUGCAUUUGCCUCUACUGUCUUCUGCAAGCCCUUGCUAUUAACCCAUAACAAACUCCUCUACAUGGUUCAUUUAUAUGCAUUCUUAUUCCUCAUGGAAUUAUGUUUGUUAUAUGUAAUAGUAUUCUGUGUCUCAUUUUACUCCUGAUAAGUUUCAACUCAAUAUGUCUUUUCCUGCUCUGUAUUUUCUUCUGUAACCCCUCCUAAUACAUAUGAGAAACUUUUCUCCAUAACUCAUUUUUAUUUUUUUUAUAGAAAUUCUACCUGUAGUACCUCUUAUUCCUUAUAAGCUUUCUCUAGAACACAUCCAAACUAAACACCCCCAUAUAUCCCCUUAUUGCACUGUGUAAGUUGUUCCUAAAUGUUGGGCUUGCACUAUUUUAUUUUAUAGAAGAAUAUUAUACUGUGUGUAACACGUUGGUAUAACUGGAAUGUACAUAGGAUAUUACUAAAGUGUCAAAUUCCACAGUUCUGUACAGCAGAUCGUUACUAUGUGCAAGUAAUGAAAAAUAAUAUAUAUUUAUGUAUCAUAUUAGAUACGUCUAUUUCUAGAUAUUAACACUCAAGCUCUUACAAAUGGAUACAGUUAACAGACGAACAGUUCUGAGCAUGGAUGCUGAGAAAUUCAGCCUCAAUUCAAUAUAACGUUAAAAUCCUAGCAACUUUAUUAUUUCGUCAUAAAAGCAGUUGCAUUUAUUUUGUGUCAGAAAUACAAACCUUUAUUCCUGACACUAUAGUCCUGCAGUGGCUGUAUAGGUGACCUGCUCCCUUUUAAUUGCAGUAAAAAGGGGGGUUUCACUCAUCUUUUUCCCAUGCCGUGUCGAUCUCAGCAUGGCUGACCCCACCUCCAUAGCUGAGAUCAUCAGUUAAUGCUUUUUCACAGGAAAGCAUUAAUAAGCAAUGCAUCUCUAUAGGAACCAUCCAGCAUCUCCAUGCAGAAUGUGGAGAUGCUGAACGACAGUGCUGCACACUAUACAGCCACUAGAGGUGUUAUUAGGCAGUAAUGUAAACUCUGCCUUUUCUUUAAAAAGGCAGUCUUUACAGUGGUAACACUGCAGGGACAUGCUAUAGACACCAGAAACACUACAUGCUGUAGUUUAAGGGGAACAAUGGGGAAGUGGGUGUUAAGCCUUCGCUUUUCGUGUCUCUGUGACACUUUAUCACAUAGGCUCGAAAUGCACAAGGCCCACCACCAUUUACUAAUAUAUUUGCUGUUAUGAAGAAACAUUUACGUUUUUAUGAUUUAACUUUAUGCCAAACUGGGGCUGGAUUUAUCUCCAUCCAUGCUCAAGGGUUACGAUCGUUUGCUAAUUGUCUGCUGCACAGGAGGAAGAGAACCUCCUGCUGGGCCUCUUUGGUAUACAUGGACUGCGGCUCUAUGUAGGCAUGACUCUGGUUCCUAGAGCUGUAUUUUCUGAAGCAUUUCCCCCCCCCCUUAGAAAUGAACACUAUUUUUUUGUUUUGUGUUUUCUUUUUCUAAUCUUAUAGUUCCAAGCCUUUGAACAGAGCUUGAUUUAAUUUAAUUUUUAUUUCACAGUAUGAGGAAGCUGCCAAAAGAAAGACCAGCACCCGAAGAAUUAAUGGUAAGUGUGCGUGUGUAUAUAUAUAUAUAUAUAUAUAUAUAUAUAUAUAUAUAUAUAUAUAUAUAUAUAUAUAUAUAUAUAUAUAUAUAUAUAUAUAUAUAUGUAUAUGUAUAUGUGUGUGUAUCUAUAUAUAUAUAUAUAUAUAUAUAUAUAUAUAAAUAUGCAAAAAAAAAAGGGAUCUGGCACUCUACCUCUCAUGUGGUAACAAUCCAAUAAACCACGCUGCUGCACGGUUAAGAUUAUAUAGCAAAUAGGAAUAAAGAGAGCACCCAAUGGAUUAUCCAAAAAAAAUAGUCGUGUUGUAUUUAAAUUAUCAAUGUUUUGACCCGGAGGUCUUUAUCAAUUGAGUCCAUUGAGUGCUCUCUUUAUUCCUAUUUGAUAUAUACAAUAUAUACCGAGUCAUUUAGAUUGUUAUAGUUAGUGCCUGAAAUGUUUAAAUGAUAAAGGACACUUAUUUAGCAAAACAACACAAGGAAAUGUGUUGCUGUUCAUAUUUAAAUUGCCAUGGACCUUUAACUGGCAUUAUAUCUGGCAAUGAGGUAUUUUAAAUGUUUAAACCGCAAUUGUGUGUAUUUUGAAAGUGGUUCAAUAUCCAUUAAAAGCUUCACUUUUAGGAGUUUGCCACGCAAUUGCUCUUGCACUUAAACCUCAGUGUGCCAUAAUUUUUUUUUCCCUGUCUGUAGCUUGUAGUGAGUUAUGGUUUUAAAUAAAUACUUCAUUUUUUAUAAUGAUUUGUUUGCAGAAUCUUUUUUGAAAGGAAUUUAAAGAUGCAGCAUUGUAGAAUGUUGUGUGUCCAAUAAUAUUGUUGGUUUAGAUUUCACAUCCUAAUCAAUGUGAUAAGAGGGCCCAGAAAAGAAAGGCGAGUGAGAAAGUUGAAAAGAAUGGAUCUGUACAAGAGUUUUAGCAAUUCAGACAUGGCCCUGUUUUAAGCGUCAUAAAAGGAAUAAAAGUUUAUACUGAUCUAGGAAUGAGUAAAGAGACAGAUUAGCACAUAAUGGAUAAAUUGUUGUACAUCUCCAUCAUAUCUGGAAUAGAGAAAGUCAUAAGGGAUCUCCUACUAGUGGGAGUGGAAUUUGAAUGCUUUUUCCUGAAACCUACAAUUUAAGUCAGACUUUUGUGUUAGAAGGAAAUUUGAUGUUCGAUGAGAUCUUCACAUAUCUGUGAAGCACAAUAGAAUAGGCUGUGUUGGUGGUGUUAAGAGUAAUGAGUGUCAUGUGGAGAGAAUAUGGUCCCUCAGAGAGGCACAGUAUGAGGCAGAAUAUAGUCCCUGAGGUCCCUCAGACAAACACAAGUACACAGUGGAUGUUGCGUGAGCCAAAGGACAUGUUAAGCAGAAUAAGACAAAAUACUACAGUAGUGAUAGUGAUUUCCGGUGAUGGUUUAAUCUCUCAUAGUAAGUGAGAGCGUGGUCAAUAGUGAAAGUGGCACUUGCAUGCUCGAUUUUAAGAAUUAAAUUCUGCUUUGUCAUGUAUAGACUCCCAUUUCUGUCAAAUUGUGGCUCAUUGGGGCUAAGAGGUGGCAGUGUGGGGAAAACAUAAACCCCUAUGGGGCAGACAUCACCCAUAGGCAGAAGGUUUUCAUAGUGUUCUCAAAGGGAGAAUAUUUUUUGCCCACAGUUUUAAAAAGGUUUGUUCAAAGCUGUUGUAAUCGAAUAUAGAUAUAAUUAUGGUAUAAUACAAAAUUGUUUUAAACUGCAUGUUUUUGCCUCACUUAGUGGAUGUAAAGCCAUUGACAGGAGGAUAUUGAUUUUUAAUUAAAUAAAUUAUCUAAACAAUGUUGCACAUUUUUCACUUUUCUUUUCAUCAAUCUUAACUAAUUUUAAACAACUCACCAUAAUUUAGUUAACAUUUUCUUUUAGUAUCCUUAUCAUUGUGUGUUUUGAAGGGGGGGGGGGAGGUAGGGUGAUAGUUGUUUUAUUAACACCAAUGGAGAAGCACAAACUUUGGUGCAUUUGCACUUAUUUGCAUGUCCAGUCUGGAGCACACUAAACAGCAAAAACCACUGUAAACUACAUGUAAUUAGUAGCAACACAAGUCAUUAUUUAAUGUAUUCGGUCAUUCUUUAAAUUGCCCUGUCCCAUCUCCUUUCUCUAUCCACUGUACUUUGCCCCCGAAAGACUAACGUUCUAAAAGGGCUUUUAGCACCUUUUGUUCUAGAAUCCCCUGUGGCAGGUGGGCUCAGUUGUGACAAUAGUUCUGAUCUCAAAUUAAUUUUAUCUCAACCUUGGCGAGAUAACUUUGUGUGUUGAAUGAGCAGUUUUGUGGAUUAGUGUGAGGGAGAGAAUUGCAAAACCUUGUAUUAUACCUAUACAAAUUGAUUCUCGGUGAUCAGAGCCAUUAAUUCAAAAUUUCCAAAGAGAUCCUGAUUUUGCAUUUCUAUUUGUCACAAAGAGAUUAUUGCAUACAGGAAAAGGCAGAAAAUAUACAAGAAACAAAACAGGGGUAGGCUAGCUUUGCUGAUGUGGAUCCCAACAUGUGGAUGUCUGAGAGAAGUAGAGACACAGCUGAUCAGUGUAUGAGUUGCAUUUGUGUGAGUGUAAUUCCUGGAUUUGACUCUGCAUGAGACCGGUUGCCCUGGAAGGCUAGGGGCAUAACAGAUGUUUGAGGGAUUAAAUUGUAUGAGAGAUAGCUAUGUAUGUUGAACGCAACAGUGAGAACAUGCCAAGUUUAAGAUCAAUGAUAAAUGGAGUCCUGUUUUGAUCUACAAAAAAAAUAUUCUGUUUGUUUGGCACAUAUAUAGAUUUCCAGAUAUUUGACAAAAGAAAAAAAAAAAGGAAUAAGAAGUCACAUUGGAUUUGUCACCCUCACUUAGCACUUUCUCAAAAACAGCCCUAAACAGAGGUGAGGCACAUACGUUCUCCGGCCCGCAUUGUGUCUACCACAUGCUGUCAGCCUGAUACUUGAUGUCUGAUAUUAUUUGCACUGUACCUGCAAAUCUAAACAUGCGUUUACCCUUCACUUAACAUAUGUGUGUAGCAUAAAACAGGACUCUGUUUUAUUAUGUAUGUCAGGAGUCCCUGUGUGCCUUAUGUGCGUGAGAGCUACACAACUGAGAUAGCUGUGUGAUGUGUAAUUUUGAAAGUGUGUAGGAUGAAUUGAGCAUGUGCAGAAUCAGAGUGACAGUGCUGUUAGAAGGCCACACAUCUUCCUCUUAUUGUGUAUGCGCUUACAAUUCCUUGACCUUCUAGUCAAAGUAUAGUCACAAUCUGAGAAAUCUUUAAACAGGAACAGUGUUUUUUAAAAUUCCUGCUCCCUCUACUCCUAAUGAGGUUAUGACCAACCGCUUAUUAUAAUUGCUUCCAACUCCUUUUAAUUUUCAAGCUUAUUAAUCAUAAGAAGAGUUAUUUAAAAUUGCAUAAAUUAAUCUUAGAUUAAAAGACCAUCAAGGCCUAGAAACAAUUAAGAAUAUGCUGGGAAUCCCAGGGGCAGCACAGUGUCUGAUUGUAGUAGUCAGGUGGGCCGGGCUGAGAAGGCAACUAGAUGAUUAAUGCAUGAAACAUUUAAAUGAGGUGUGGAAGUGCCACUCACUGACCCCAUAACUGUCUCACCUGCCAUAGAGAUGAAGCAGUUACUGAUCCUAACCAGAACUACAGAGGCUCAUGGGCCCACUGGCAGGUCAAGUAAUGGUAACUAAAAACCAUAUUACUUGAUCUUCAGAUACAUUAGCAUAGGUUGUGUAACUGUUAUGUUGCCAGUGAUGAUGGCCUGUGGAUGUAUCAAAUCCAUCACAUUAUAGAUUUAUCUUUGUUUACUGAUGGCUCAUUGAGGUCAUCCAACACUUUCAAAGCCUUUGAUGACAAUGUUAAAAAUAAUAAAGGUAAACCUAUCUAACCAGCCACUGUUUAGUUUUUGGUUUUUAUUUUAACAUGGGUGUUAUCUUGCAAUCUCCAGUUAUGAUUACCCAUGGUGGCUUCAUCACCUUGAGGCACUAUAUGUCACUUAAAUGAAGAGGGAUGUUGCAUACAAUGAUUAUUUUUAAUCUUUCUGACAGGGUCACCCAUUCAUUGUCCAGUUUAACGAUGGGAACACAGAGGCGGUGUCUAUGUGGGUGUGCCGUGCAUUGGAAGAGCGAAGAGCCCAGGGUGGUCAUGAGUAUGUUGGCUAAACAGUGGAUGUCUACAGGUGUCUUCACUACACGCAUGAUGGUUGGAAGAGGAGAUUAACCUUUGGCAAGAAUCAAGCUCUUAGAUUUCUAACUAAAAGGCUAGAACAGUUUGCCAUGCGGUGACGACGAUAUUCAUGAUCUUCAACCAAUGGAGCUUCAGGAUUGUGGGAAACAAUGAGAUAGGUAGCACUGUUACACACCCUGUAUUCUCGAGAAAUUCUUCAAAAUUUCAAGAGAUGGGUAUUGGGCAACAAAUUAUGCUUCCCAUCCCUAACAAAGCUUUUACUCAUUGGAAGAGACAAGGUAGUUAUUGGGUUGUGGCAGCCUCAUUUAUUUAGAACUUGGGCCUUCCUUCACCACCAUGGGUCCCAGGGUCAAGGACUUCCUGAUGGAAUGUAAGAUCUAUCAUGCAUAACUUCUACAGUAGCGACCUCUUUUUUUCUUUUUUUGUACCUCUUUCUUUUCUUUUGGCCUUCUUAGAGGCAGUGGACUGCACAUUUCUGAGAAGACUGUGUUCCCAAUCAAACACUCACUCAUGUGCUUUCUCUUUACACAUUGGUCAUGAGUUUGGCUUUCAAUAACUUUAUUCCUCAGUUACACAGUGUAUUACAUGUAUUGACUGUCUUGCACAGAUUUAUGCUUCCUACAUACUAAUAAACCAUAUUUUGUACGAAUUAUGUCGGUUUGUAAAUCUAGGUAUCAAAUGGAACAUUUUUCAAUAAAAAUGUUAACAAUAAAAAUGGGUUUGUAAAAUAUGGAGAAACUACAGAAGUGCGCUAAGCGUGCCAGAGUAUGAUACUGCUGUAGUACUAUGAAAUAAGGUUGCCUUCAACAAUCUUAUGUGUGCUUGUAUCUUAAUAAUGCUAGCAAUUCUUGCAUUCUAUUUUAAAAAUGUAAUGUAAUUUGUUUACUUUUCAAAGUAUUUCAUACAUAGAGAUGAGCUAACCUGUGGUUGCUUAUUAAAAUGCAAAUCUCAUCACAUUCAGAAGUUAUGCAAAAACUGAAUAAUUCUUGCAAUGGUGCUGGCUGACCUUUAUUUCCAGAAAAGCUGGAGACCUGCAUGUGGAACACGUAUGUUAAAUCCAGUUCUUAAGAGAAAGUGAGGUCUGGGAUAAUAUAAAGGAGUUCAUUAUAAAG